GCGCCUGCGCGCGGCGCCCUUUUCUGCCCGCCAUCUUGGCUCCCUUCAGCUGGCGCCGACGCCAAACAAACCCGCCGCCUCAGACGCCGAAGGGGCCCGCCGAGCUCGGGCGGCGCGGGAGGACCCAUGGUUUCCCCGGGGGAGGAGCGGCAGGUGGGUCUCCCGGGGAGGAGGAGGAGGAGGAGGAGGGAAUUGAGGGGGGGGAGGGAAGAGAGCGAGGAAGAAGAGGAGGAAGAGCAAGACCCUCCUCUUCCUCCUCCUUUGAAAGGGGGGAAGGGCAGGCCUGUCGCAGGGAGUUCCUCAGGUCUCUCCUUCCCUGCUUGCCUCUCCUCACGUUUCUGAGUUUUCUUGGCGUAAACUCGGGAGAUAAACUAUUUUUCGCUUACAGCAUCUCUUCUUUCUUUUUUUUGGCGGGGUGGUGGGAGACAAAAUAAUAAUAAUAAUAAUAAUAAUAAUAAUAAUAAUAAUAAUUCGCUUUUCCCUUCCCUCCAAUCUCAGUGGGAGGCUCCCUGUUAUCUCAGGGAGAUUUGAUUUCCAUUCUUGUGUGUGAAAUAAAGGAUCGCCUCCCUCCUUCCAUCCCAUCCCCAGUUUGAAUGGGAGCUGAUUUGCCUCAGUUCCAGGACUGGUUGUGGCGGCUCCUCUGCAAGCCUCUCUUCAUCCCCCUCCUUCCCUCGUCUAUCUUUUUGUGUGUGUGGGAGAAAUAAUGGCUUCCUUCCUUCCUUCCUUCCUUCCACCUCUUGCAUCUACAUCUCCCGUUGUUUCCAGGUGGAUGGGACUCCCUUCCUACAUCAAAGGAGUUCAUUACCCUCAAUUAUAUAGGAUCGCUCCUUUUCCGCCUGCCUCUCCUCAAACACCCCCCCCCCCUCAAAUAUUUGGGAAGAAGAGAAAAUAGAGAUACAAUCACCAUCGCCCAUCUUUCCUUUCCAUCUCUUCUAUCUACUACCCCCCCAUUGGCUGCUUUAUUAUUUUAUUUCCUUUCCCCCUUGAAUUUUUUUGGGGUUGUGGGUGUGCUAAUGGGGCACAGAAGAGAAUAUAUGUGAGUUAUCUGUAAUUUCCUCAUUCCUGCCUCCCACCCUCUGCUUUCGGAGGAGGGUCAAAAAAAGACGGAGAACUGUAAUUUUCUCUAUCUGCCCCCCAUCUUUCUCCGUCUUCCAGCUGUUCAAUUUCACUGAUAUUCUCCACCUCUCAAGACUCUGUCCCCCCCAUUGCCUUCUUUUCCAUAUCAUGUAAUAUUUGUGUAUAUUGUUGUUUGGCGUCGCCUCUCAUCGGAUUCCACCGCUGAUUGGUUGGUGCCUGCUUCUCAAUUUAUGUGCAUUUGGGCUCUUGCUACCUUUGCUCUCCCUUCCUCCCAGCUUCCUUUUCCUCUUCCUUGAUUUUGGAUUAUUUCUCCUCCUUUCCCAUGUGUCUCCCUUCCCCAUAAAAAAAAAAGCGGGGUGGCGGGAAGUAAUUUGGAGCUGUGACUGGUAAAUUUCUCCCUGCCUUUCUCCUCUUCAGCCUCCCCAUCUGAUGAUCUUUACAUGCAUUCCUUUUCCCCAGCCCUUUCCCUUCCCAUAUAUAUCUAUACUCACACACACCUUUGUGUGGGGUGCAAUAAGGAAAUAACUGCCCCCCCUUGUUUAGCGCUCCUUGGUUGGUGCUACUUUGCAUGCCUGCCUCCCUCUUCCCCAAUUCAUCUCUGUGGUUUUUAUCUUGUUUUUAAGGGUAGGAAAGAAAGAGCUUUUCUGUGUCCCAUCUCCCUCCUCCUUGCCCGCCGUUUGAUUGAUUUGCUUAGCUGCUUUUUCUGUUUCUGCCUCUGAUUCUCUUUCCUUUCCUCCAAGGGGUGCUUGCCAAGUGGACCCAUUUCUUUCUUUCCCACCAGAGAUUCCUCUGUGGCACCCCCUCCUCCCUGCCCCCUUUUCCGGCCUGCCUUCUCUGGGGUCUGCUUUUGUUGGCCCCUUUCCUCCUCCCCUUAAUCCUCAUUGUCCACCAUUGCAAAUAGUAGUGGAUAGUCUGUUGUUGCAGGCGAGAAUGAAAUAUGCCCCUUCAGCCUUCUCUUUCCCGCUUUGACAGCUUCAUUCUCAGUGUGGCAGCCCAUUUUGAACCCUUUUCCUCACCAAGCCUGCAGCCCUGAGUUUGCCAACUUGUGAGGAAGUUGUGUUGCUCUUGGUUGAUUUGACUCUUGAGUAAAAUAGGAUCUGGUUCUGCAAGAAUCAGCAGCAUGCACACACAAAAUCAGUGAUUCAUUUUCCAUCUGGGGCGUCAGUUUUUAUGGCCAUCAAGUUUUAAUGCCCCAGCGGCCAAUUCCUACAUAGCAUGAUGGACCCACCAGGCCAGAGAUGGAAAACUUGUGAUCCUCCAGAUGUUAUUGGCUUGCAGCUUCCAUCUUUCCUGACCCUUGACCUUCCAGGCAGGGCCUGAUGGAAGUUGUAGUUCAGCAACAUCAAUCAGAUGGCACAUUUCCUGUCCUUGCCCUAAGUCUGCAUGUACAGUUUGUGUGUUCCUCUUCCUCUUCUCAUCAGAGUUUUUUUGUUUUGUUUUCUGGUUCUGUCCAGAAUAGAACGUGUAUAAAUUAGGGGCGGGGAAGAGUGGCAAACUCUUCUGAGAUCCUUCAAUUAAAAGUAUUAAUUAGGCUGCAAUCCCGACCACACUUACCAGAGAGUAAGUCCCGUUGAACUCAGAUGGGCUUAAUGUUUGAUAUGCACAGAAUUGCACUGUUAGUUAACUAAUUGGUAUACAGAGAGGUUAAACUUGAAUCUGUGAGGCUUGGAAUUAAGGGCACACAAUUACUGUCCUUUUCCAUCUAUAAGACCAGGUUUUUUUACUUUAAAAUUAUGUGAAAAACUCUGGGUCGUCUUAUGCACGGGGCAAUCUCCCCCCUAUUUUCUUAAAUUGGAGUCCCUAAAUUGGAGUCUUAUACAUGGGGGUGUCUUAUACAUGGAAAAAUACGGUAAUUUUUGACACUCGCUUUGGCUGUGGUUUAUUAUUUAAAAAAAAAAAAACAACGGGAAGAAGAAACGGCAAAUACGAAAGCUGACCUUUUCUUCUCUGCACAAGUAGCGUCUUGUUCAUUAAGUCAUCUCUUCCUUCCACGUGUCAUAAAGAAGGUUUGGAUAACAGGCAAAUGUAUUCAAGUUUAAUUGCUCGACUAGUUAAGAUGUAGCUGAUCUGUUUUAAAAUCAAAAUCCUUAGAUCGGUUGACAAACCAGUUUGGCGUCACCUGCUUUCGUGGUGGUAACUGUUUUUGCGCUGCCAAAUCCAGAACGUUUAUCCGUGACCUGAGGGCCUUGCUGCCAGUGUGUGGGUGUGGAUAUGCUGUUUAGAUAGCUCCAGGGGGGCUAUUAAGGCCGAACUAGCCAUUAAUUCAUUGCUUUGUGGUGGAGGGCCCCAGCCAGGUUUGCAGUGGCUUAACGAGGACUGUGAUUGUACUAUGUUAGUAUCAAAAGGUAGGGUGUAUGGGGUUUCAGGGGAGGGGGAGUAUCUCUGGUGGGGGACAUGUUGUGCUUCUCAGGGGUACCUCGUCCACCUUUGAUCCCCACCCUGCACUCAGCCUCUACCUGUGGCUCUUAGAGUAAUAAUAAUAAUAAUAAUAAUAAUAAUAAUAAUAAUAAUUUAUUAUUUAUACCCCACCCAUCUGGCUGGGUUUCCCCAGCCACUCUGGGCAGCUUCCAACUGAAUAUUAAAAACAAUACAGCAUCAGACAUUAAAAACUUCCCUAAACAGGGCCUCCUUCAGUUGUUUUUUAAAAGUAAAAUAGUUAUUUAUUGCCUUGACAUCUGCUGGGAGGGUGUUCCACAGGGCAGGCGUCACUACCAAGAAGGCCCUCUGCCUGGUUCCCUGCAACUUGGCUUCUUGCAAUGAGGGAACCGCCAGAAGGCCCUCGGCGCUGGACCUCAGUGUCCGGGCUGGAUGAUGGGGGUAGAGACGCUCCUUCAGGUAUACAGGACCGAGGCCGUUUAGAAGCUGUUAGCAUGUGACAUCGGCCACACCAUGGUAAAUAGAUUUGACUGACCAGCUAAACCAAGUGAGGGUAGCUGAUGGGUGUCAAACCCUCGGUAUGUUGGGGACUUCCCCUGCAUGUGAAGACAGGCUCUGGCGGAUAGAGUGGACGAGGCCAGUAGUGGGUCCAGUUGUCAAGAAGGCAGUUUCUGCAUGUGCUGUAGAGCAGGGGUAGUCAACCUACCACCCACUAAUGCAUCUGUCUUGAUGGUAAAAUUUCCUUUCCGCUCACCAGUGCUCAAUGGAAGUAGGAUUCAGCUUGUGCCAUAGAAUCCCCUACCGCCCACCUAGAAUCCGGAAUCGCCCAUUAGUGGGCAGUAGGGACCAGGUGGACAACCCCUUCUGUAGAGGGAAGUGAGGGGCAGAUGGGGGCUUGUCUUCUUUGCUUACCCCAGCAAAUUAUUUGUCAAAAUUACAAAUACCUAAAUACAGACGGUCAUUUACCCUUGCUAGAUUCAACGUGCUGCCAUCUGCCUUACUGCAGGGCAGAUUCGAGGGUAAACCAUACGCGGAACGAGUCUGCCCCUGCGGCUUGGUGAAGGUAGAAACUGUCUUUCAUGCCUUGUUACGCUGCUGUUUCUACGGGGAUAUACGCUCAGUAUUUAUUACCUCUGCUAUGCAGAAAUCUCCAAAUGAAUCUGAACUUCAAUGUCUAAAAUCCGUGGUAGAGGACAAGGCUCCUGAGAUCACGUUAAGGGUAGCCAAAUUCUGUGCGAUUGCCAUAAAACUUAGAGAACAAGCUGUGCUAUCAUAAUGAUUAAGCCCUUAAAUGAUAAUUUUAGGUUAUAUGUUAGUGACUAAGUUUUAAUUUAUGUAUUUUUUAACUGUUGCUAUAUUUGUAGUGUCCCUGUUACACCUAAUUGCAUAUUCAAAUGUACCCCUAUCGUGUUUUAUGACUUCCUGGAUAUUGUAUGUGGGCUGGAACUGGUCUGUGACCAAAAUAAUAAAAUUCAAUUCCCUUUACGCCCACCAGUGCUCGAUGGAAGGAGGAUUCAGCUUGUGCCAUAGAACCCCCUACCGCCCACCUAGAAUCCUGAAUUGCCCACUAGUGGGCGGUAGGGACCAGGUUGACAACCCCUGCUGUAGAGGAAAGUGAGGGGCAGAUGGGGCUUGUCUUCCUGGGAAGGGAGCCCAUCUUGGAGAAGGAAGGAAAACUCUGAUCCUAAACCUCUUCUGUCUUGUGGGAUAUCUUCAGGAGAAGAAAAGGCUAAGGAGUAAAAACCCUACACGAAUCAGGAGUGGAGUCCCUAGGAUGGUUGGAUGGUACUUGUACUCUUCCUUCUGGCAACCCCUGCUGCCAAACUGGUGCCUAACUGGUGCCUAACGAAUGGCUUGCCUUUCCUUUGGACCACAUCAGCGAGGCUGAGAGGGGUGCCCUGUCAUCUGGGCGCCCCACUGCCCGAUUUUCAGCUGUUUUACUAUUGUAUUGUAUUUCGCCUCUAUUGAUGCAUUCUAUUUUUAUAUCUCGUGUGCUGCCUCGAGUCUGCUGUCUUAAUAAAAUUAAUGAACAAAUCCUUCCCUGCCAUGAGACACUUGGCACUGGCUUUCCUCAGAGUUUUGUAGGGCAACAGUCCUGAUGUGGUUGUGUGUCCUGCAGACAGAGUCGUGUUAGGAGGGAGCGUGUCCAGAAGGGGAGACUAGGAUGCUGCUGUAUCUGGAAGCCAAAGUCCUAGGGGGAGCGGUUGAAAGAGCUGGGCAUGGUUUUCAUCUGGAGAACAAAAGUUUAAGGGGAGAUCUGGUCAAGAGGUCCUUACCUGGAGGACCAGAGGGUGGAGCAAACUUGUUACUCCAGACCAGACCAAAUGGGAGGAAGAUAGCAGGGAAUCUGAUUUUGGCUAAGCAUUAGGGGGAACCUGCUAAUGGUAUGAACUAUUCAGCUGUGGAACGGUCAUCUUCAGGAGGCGAUGGGCUCUUUUUCACUUGCAGUUUUGAACCAGACAGAAGGUUGAUGACAAUCUGCCAGGGAUGCCGCAGUUGCAGACUUCUGCCGUGAGCCAGGGCUUUGGGCCAGAUGGCCUUAGAUGACCUUUCCAGCUCUUACCAUUCAGCAUCGGUCCUGUUGCUGGCAUUUCCUUCCUGCAUUCCAGUGGCUAGUUUUGUGAGGGGUUUUUUUUUUUCUUUUUCUUUUGCCGUCUCGGGGGUCCAAGUAAGAUGAGCGGACAUGAGAUGGGUCUCCUUGCUUCCCCAACACUUUGGGAGUCUGGUGCCAUGUAAAACAGGUCUUUUAGGUUGACCCAACCUAAAGCACCAUUGGAGCACCAUUUCAAAAACAGCAAUAGUCUCAUCACCUCCAUUUUCUCUCUCCGUGUUAUAUAUGCCUUUAAUUUGCUCUUAAGAAAUAUUAUAACUCCCUAGUUCUCUCCCCCCUCCACCCCCUGAGUUUUGAGAUAAAAGGCAGGCAAGGCCUGUUAAAUCUCCUGCAUCUCAUUUGCACCAGUGUUUUAUUUGCUUAACAUUGUUGGCUGUAAAUAAUUGAUUGUUUGGGGGUUUGAUUUCUUAAUUGGUUUAGAAUUGAGUCUUUUGGUGUUUCAGAGCAGCCCAGUUUUUCACUUCUGAUAAACGAAUGCACCGGCUGUUCCUGCUCCAAUCUGACCCCUCUGACCUCCCGCCUCCGAUUGAGCAGAAAUAAGCAUGAUGAUGGUACAUGAACAAGAAGCAUUUGUAGAUAUAUUUUCUACAUGAAGUGUCUGUGGGAAUUAAAGGAAAGAAAAUUAGGGACGCGUGACCCUGCACAACAAAGCAGGACUGCAGCUGCCAUCAUCACCACCUCCUGAUCUGGCGCUGAUGGAAGUUUGAGGCCCACUGAUUUGCCAUUCGGCUUUACAAUCUAAUAUAUAAUAUAACCAACCCAAUGAAAAGCUCUAAAGUAAAGAGACAAACGAUCCCGCCCUCCUGCUCCAUUAUUUUUUGUUUAGUUUGUUUUUAUUUGCUGCAUUAAUUUUUAAUUCUUAAUAUUCAUUUAUUUUAAACAGUAUGCUUCUUUUUACUGCUCUGCUAGCUGCCUUGGGAAAAUAAACAUAGGUUGAAGGCACAGCAUUUAAACGGCACAAACGGAUAAAUCUCAGUACAAAGGAUGGAUCACAAUUUUGGUUUGUGGGUGUAGCAGCCAUUUGUGCUCUGAGUUUUUGACUUGCUUUCCUCCUCUCAUGUGCCUCAGUCCCCUUCCUGGCUUGUGACCAGGUGUAGCAUAGAGGCUCAUAGACUGAGCCAUGAAUGAUGAAGUCCCAGUUCAGAUCUUGCCUCUAUCAUGAAUUCACAUGGUGGCCUUAGUCAAGCCAGUUUCUCUCUGUCUCUGCCUCUCUGCGUCUCUGCCUCUGUCUUCCUAUCUGCAGUUUGGAGCAUAAUGAAAGUGACUUAUGUUAUGUCUGUGCCCAUUCCUGGAUAGAGAGAAUCUGCCCACAGUUGUCCAUGUACAGUGGUACCUCAGGUUACAUACGCUUCAGGUUACAUACCUCGUUACAUACGCUUCAGGUUACAGACUCCGCUAACCCAGAAAUAUUACCUCGGGUUAAGAACUUUGCUUCAGGAUGAGAACAGAAAUCAUGAUCCGGCGGCAGCAGGAGGCCCCAUUAGCUAAAGUGGUGCUUCAGGUUAAGAACAGUUUCAGGUUAAGAACGGACCUCCAAAAUGAAUUAAGUAUUUAACCCAAGGUACCACUGUAUUGGUAACUGAGCUAGGCAGACCAAUGGUCUGUCCCAGUAUAAGGCCAACUUCCUGUGUUCUCUAACUCAUGAUUUUAUGGAACAUACCCCUUUUGAGGUGGUUCCACAGUUCCAAAGAGUCUACACAGACCAGAUUUCUGCACCCACUUCCUUCUGCUCCCAACAUGCCCUUGGAGAAAGCGAGGCAGAGAGACUCUUUACCUUUGUACACCAGGGUCUUUGUUAACCGCCGUUAAAUUCUUCCAACUUUGGUCCCCCCUCCAAGUGGCACAGGCGCCUGGUAUUGCUCUGGUGGGUUAGCGUUUGGAAUCUGCAACGUCAGCCUGCUUUUCUCUUCCCUUGAUUUGUGUCCAUUUGCAGGGAGGCUGAGCUCCGUGGGAGCAAACCGACCGGGAAACAAUGCCUGUGGUGUGGCCGACCCUGCUGGAUCUCAGCAGGGAUGAAUGCAAAAGGAUCCUUCGCAAACUCGGUAUGCCUACGGAGUUCUUUGCUGGGGGAGCGGGUGGGUCGUCUUCUUUACACUGACUUGACACUGGCUACACAUGACUGAAUGAGAUCUGGGUCCCCAUGAUGGACUGUAGGAAUAAUAAUAAUAAUAAUAAUUUUUUAUUUAUACCCUGCCCUCCCCAGCCAAGACCAGGCUCAGGGCGGCUAACAACCAAUAAUAAAAACAAGUUGAUUAAAAUACAAUUUGAAAAAGAUUAAAAUACAACAUUAAAACUUUAGGAUGCAGCCUCUUCACAAGGAGGAGAAAGGAAAAAGAAAGAGGGGGAGGGAAUCAAACUGAUUCUAAGCCAAAGGCCGGGUGGAACAACUCUGUCCUACAGGCCCUGCGGAAAGAAAUCAGAUCCAGCAGGGCCCUGGUCUCAUGAGACAGAGCGUUCUACCAGGCCGGAGCAAGUGUUGAAAAGGCCCUGGCUCUGGUUGAGGCUAAUAUGACUUCCUUAGGGCCCGGGACCUCUAAGGUGUUGCUAUUUAUGAACCUUAAGGUCCUCCGUGGAGCAUACCAGGAGAGGCGGUCCCGUAGGUACGAGGGUCCUAGGCCGUGAAGGGCUUUAAAGGUCAAAACAAGCACCUUGAGCCUGACCCUGUACUCCACUGGGAGCCAGUGCAGCUGGAAAAGCACUGGGUGAAUAUGCUCCCAUGGCAGAGACCCCGUGAGGAGCCUCGCUGCAGCAUUCUGCACCCGCUGGAGUUUCUGGGACAGCUUCAAGGGCAGCCCCGCGUAGAGCGAAUUACAGUAGCCAAGCCUGGAGGUGACUGUCGCAUGGAUCACUGUGGCCAGGUUGGGGUGGGAAAGGUAAGGGACCAACUGCUUGAUGCGGAGAAGGUGGAAAAAUGUCGCCUUGGCUGUUGUUGUAUGAAUGAGGGAACCUAGGGUAAUGCUAGAGGACCCCCAAAAAUGUGUUUCAUCUUAAUCAAUGUCAGUAGUAAGUCUCUGUAUCAUUACUCAUCAGGGACUUUCCCCUGUGCUAGCUGACACUAUGUUAAUCAGCAAAGCUUUGAGGGUUGUUGUCCCCUUUUUGGUUAUUAUGUUGUGUUAGUGACAGUAAGCAUGUGGUGAAAAUUUCCCCACUACUGUAUUUUCCCUUCAUUAAAGGUUUCCAAUCACAAGCUGGACAGCCACUUAUCAGGGAUGCCGGAGAUCACGGGUAGUGAACCUAUGGCCCUGCAGAUGUUGGGGGACUCCUUCAUCCCCGGCCAGCAUGACCAGUGGUUAGAGGCAAUGGUAAUCAUAGGCUGGUAACACCUUGUGGGCCAUAGGCUCCCCACUGAUGUUGCAGAGGCAGAUUUUUCCGCACGUGGUUAGACUAGAAGGCUUUUGAGGUUCCUUACAACUCUAUGGUUCUGUGAUCUUUUUAUUGAUCUCUCUUUACCCCUCCCAUGUAUUGUUCACUUUUAAUCUUUUUCCUUUCUUUUAUAGAAUUGGAGGCAUAUGCCGGUGUCAUCAGUGCCUUGCGCGCUCAGGGGGAUCUCACAAAGGAAAAGAAAGACAUCCUUGGAGAACUCUCCAAAGUGCUUAGGUAGAUGGAACGUACUCAUUUGUACCCUGCCCAUUCAGCCCCACAAGGAGUGGCUUGCAAUACAGCAAAGCACUACAAACCUUAAAUCUUGCAGCCCAUUAAUUCAUUCAAGUUUAAAAGCUGCAACGAACAGCACCAAAAAAUAAGCACAUAUAUCUAACAGCCAACGGAAUGGCAGAAUAGCUUAGUUUGCUCUGGAUUGCUGUUCUUUUCAAUAGGAAGUAGCAGAGAGUUCCGCAGAACAAGCGCCAUCACCAAAAAGGCCCUGCUUUUCCUUUCUUUCCUAUUUAUUGAUACAGUGCCUGACUUUGGCAGAUGCCAUAUGAAAGCUUCUCUUUAUUAAAUUUAGAACCUCCCCUUUAAGUAAUAUAUAGCGUGGCAUGCACAAUGGUCAAUUAAAAUAUCAUCAUAAAAUAACACACCACAGGAAAAAACAAAAACAGCAGCCAGUGCAGCACAAAGCCAAUUCAGGGCAAAACACUUUUUAGAAGAUGUUAAGUGAAGCUGUCUGCUCCCAGCAGGUACUGUCUUUGUUGCUGACCUUGAGAAAAUUAAACAUGACCAUCAGUUACAAUAUAAAGGAAGACAGUGUCCGUUAAGGAUGGUGAAUCCUUGGCAAACCAUGGUGUCUAUUUAUUUCCCAAACGCAGUCAGCAGUAUCCAGUGGUUCCGUCAGUGCAAGGAUUUAUGCUUCUGCAGUGAUAAUUUCUCGCCCUCCAUUCCCCAUGUGCACCCUGUGCUCUUUCCAUAUCUGCUCCAGAGGGAUGGCGGAAACCCCAGAACAGAUUUGGGGGUGCAAGCAGAAAUCUUUACAUUGACGGAAUGCGAUAUUUUGCACUGUGUUGGAUACAAUCCACUGUCCGGCUGUUGAUGCGUCCCAAAGGCAAUGGCUGGUUGUUGAUGGCGAUGGAAACUUGCAGAAGUCCAUUUGAGGAGAAAGGGACCACAUGGUACUCAAGAAGACUAGAUGGGGAAUAAAAACUUGGUCUCGAUAAAGGUCCACAAAAUGCAUAGACUGAAAUGUAUUUUCAGAACUCCAGUUGAGCAAUCUCAGGGAAGCUCUUUUGCUGCAGAAGGAUGACUUCCAAGUUGGCCACAGAGUGCUCUGGGCUAUUGAAUGUUAGGUUUGUUCCGCUUGUUAUUUUUGUGCAGAGACAAGCUUGUUUGUUUGACGAAACAGAAGGGCAUUGGGGGACGAUAUAUAUCGCAUUGAAGUCUGGGCAGGUGAACCAGUCUCUGCUGGCAGGGCUAAUUACCGUAUAUUUCGCUCUAUAAGACGCACCAGACCACAAGACGUACCUAGUUUUUGGAGGAGGAAAACAAGAAAAAAAAUAUUCUGAAUCUCAGAAGCCAGAACAGCAAGAGGGAUCGCUGCGCAGUGAAAGCAGCGAUCCCUCUUGCUGUUCUGGCUUCUGGGAUAGCUGCGCAGCCUGCAUUCGCUCCAUAAGAUGCACACAUAUUUCCCCUUACUUUUUAGGAGGGAAAAGGUGAGUCUUAUAGAGCAAAAAAUACGGUAAGUCCCAUCAUAGCAUUGCUUUUGACAGCUAUCCAUUUCACUUUGAUUUUUAAGGCCUUCAAAGCCUUGUCUUGCUUCUGGCCUGUACCUCUGUGUCUAACACUUCGGUGUCUUUCAACAGCAUUUCAACAGAAAGGCAUCGAGCUGAAGUUCGAAGGGCGGUCAAUGAUGAGCGAUUGACGACGAUUGCUCACAAGUAAGGAAUUUUUUUAAAAUUAAGAAACGCAAACAAGUCAUAUACAAAUGCCUGAAAUGAACAAAUAGAAUACCACCUUUGGUUUCCAGAAGUUAAACCUGCAGCCGUGCAUGAACGGGUAAUAUCACAAAAAUAACACUGCAUAUUUAGGAUUUGGAAAGAAUGAGUUGCUACGCCAUUGCUUUGUUGGUUUGUUUUUAUAAGCCACGUUUUCAUAUAAAAUAUCACAAGGUGUAACAGUAUUACAAUAAAAAAAGCAGGCACACCUGUGAGAGCUGGUUGACAAGGAAUCUUCGGUUCGAAAGGCCCAUCUGAAUAACACAGUUUUAAGAAGGUGUCUGAAAAUGAGCAAGGAUGGUUCCUGCUGAACUUCUAGUGGCAAGGAGUUUCGCAGACCCAGCACUUGCCAUACUAAAGGCUUUGCCCCUGGUAAAAGCCAACUGAACCUUGGGAGCAGGUUUUAGGAGGGGUGAGAGCAUAAGCUAAAUACAUACAGCUAUGUCCUUCCAGAAUGAGGUUUGAGUGAUAGACGGUGACUUUUUUAGAGGAGAAAUGAUUGAGAACUGUCCUUAGCAUUACCAUUGUUUGGCUCUACCUCUGGUUAACUCCAAUGGGCCAGUUUUUCUGCAAGAACACUGCUUCUGGUUCUUUCAAACCUACUCUCAAUUAAUAAAAAGGGACAUCUCUAGAUGUCUCUUUUCAGUGUAUUUUGCCCCGUGGUAAUUGACACUUGCAAUCCGCUAAACAGUGCACUUUUAAACUAUGGUGUAUUCGCUGAAGUACUUGGACUAGGACCCAGGACAUUUGGACUUGAUCAAUUCCCUCUCGGAAUAUCUCAAAAAUAAAAUAAAGCGCUCAGCACCUGUGACCUGACCCUUUUAACUGGAAAACCGAAGGACCUUCCACAUGCAAAACAGGUGCCCUGCAUCUGAGCUAUGGACCCUUCCCAUCCCAUGAAAUGACCAUAUUCUGAAUAAGCCCAUUGGUCUCUUUCACCCAGUAAAUUAUACUUUGACCUCUCACCAAGGUUUCGGUCAGACGCCGUGCUAAUGGAGAUCAUAGCUGUCAACAUUUCCCUUUCCUUGCAAGGAAUCUUAUUCGGAAUAAGGGAAUUUCCCUUAAAAAAGGGAAAACAUUGACAGCUAUGAUGGAGAUCAAUUUUGAGCAGAAGGUUCUAGGAUCUGGGACUGUCAACAAAGUGUGUGCUCUACCCAGUAGCUAAAUGUUUUCCAUUUCUGGGUGAAUUUACAGUCCACCCCACCUGGCGGUAGAUUCGGGGAGGUUCACGAUACCUGUCUGGAGAGAGAUUUUCUGGUUUGAAAGACCUAUUUAGCAAUGGGAGAAUGACUUGGAACGGACAGUUUACAGACCUGCGUGUUUCUCCUUAGUAUGUCUGGGCCCAACAGUUCUUCUGAGUGGUCGAUUGAAGGCCGCCGCCUCGUCCCUCUGAUGCCCCGGCUGGUUCCCCAAACUGCUUUCACCGUCACGGCAAACGCUGUUGCCAACGCGGCGCUCCAGCACAACGCAGCUCUCCCUUCCCCAGCAGAGACAGGAAGCAAAGAAGGUGAGGGUAGGUGGCCUUUCUCUCUUUCGGAUAUUGGGAAUGGGAGAAGGAUGCUCUUAAUGCUUCGAAAGGGACACCAUGCUUAGGCCUUCAACCGGGGAUGGGGAACCUCUCUUCCUCAAGCUGUUGCUGGGAUACAGGUCCCAGCAACCCUGAUGAUGGCCUCUGAGAACAUCAGAGAAGCCUGCUGGGUCAAACUGAUGGCCCAUCUCGUUUGUUUUCCUGUUCUCACAAAUGCCUGUGGGAAAUCCACAAGUUUCCAGCAACUGGGCAUUCAGAAGCUUUGCUGCCUCCAGCUGUGGAGGCAGGGCAGAGCCCUCAUGGCCAGCAGCCACCAAUAGCCCUCUCCUCCAGAAAUUUGUCUCGCCAGAGUGGUGCAUGCUCUAGUUAUCUCCCGCUUGGACUACUGCAACAUGCUCUCCGUGGGGCUACCUUUGAAGGUGACUCGGAAACUGCAAUUAAUCCAGAAUGCGGCAGCUAGACUGGUGACUGGGAGUGGCCCCCAGACCAUAUAACACCGGUUCUGAAAGAUCUUCCAGUACGUUUCCGAGCACAAUUCAAAGUGUUGGGGCUGACCUUGAAAGCCCUAAAUGGCCUUGUCCCAGUAGACCUGAAGGAGCAUCUCCACCCCAUCAUCCAGCCCGGACACUGAGGUCCAGCACCUGGGGCCUUCUGGUGGUUCCCUCACUGUGAGAGGUGAGGUUACAGGGAACCAGGCAGAGGGCCUUCUUGGUAGUGGUGCCUGCCCUGUGGAACGCCCUCCCAACAGAUGUCAAGGCAAUAAACAACUAUUUUACUUUUAAAAGACAACUGAAGGCGGCCCUGUUUAGGGAAGUUUUUAAUCUUUGAUGCUGUAUUGUUUUUAAUAUUCAGUUGGAAGCCACCCAGAGUGGCGGGGAAACCCAGCCAGAUGUGCGGGGUAUAAAUAAAUUAUUAUUAUUAUUUGUUUGUUUGUUUGUCUAAUCCUCCUUUAACCCAUCGUAACCAUCACUGCCUCCCGUGGGGCUGAUGGGAGCUGGACUCUCGCUCCUUAAACCUUUGCCACCUAUAUCAGGGCCCCUCUUACCACUUGUAUGGAAGGCCCCAACCUCGACCCAACUGCACUGGCUGCCAAUUAGUUUCCGGGCCCAAUUUGAAGUGGUAGUUUUGACCUGUAUUGCCUUAAACGGCUCCGGGCUGCCUCACCCCAUAUGAUCCAACCUGGACCCUGCGAUCAUCAUCUCAGGCCCUUUAUCGUUUGCUUCUUCCACAACAUGUCUGAUGGGUGGCAGUAUCCUUGAGCCAGUCACUGCCUCUCAGCCUAAACAUACCUCACAGGGUUAUUGUGGAGGCAGAGUGUGUAUGCCACCUCUCGUCCCUUGGAGUGUAGGCUGGAGAUGAAUGAAGUAGACAGAUGAAAAUGCUUCGGUUUAUGCAUCAUCCUAUUCUUCUCUCUCGCUCUCUUCAGUGGUGGUUUGCUAUUCCUACACAAGCACCACCUCAACCCCGACGUCCACCCCAGUCCCGAGCGGCAGCGUCGCGACCGUGAAAUCCCCCAGACCCGCCAGCCCGGCUUCCAACGUCGUCGUCUUGCCAAGUGGGAGCGCCGUUUACGUCAAGAGUAAGUGACACCAAGGAAAAGGAGGGCCAGGCUCCUCCAGAGGCAGCCGAGGUCUCGAGCAUGGCCUGACGGGUCUUUGAUUUUGAACGCCAUAUGCCAGGCCUUCCCCACCACUGCUCACAAUGUCCCGCAAGCCUUGGUAGCCGCCCUUUGGGCUUGGCAAAAAUGAAUGGAUGAAUGUAAGAAUGUGUUUGAAACAGCCAGCAGUUUGAGCUGUGUAAAUGGGUAAAUUCAGAGAUGCUGAUUGGUAAGCAUUGGUCAGUCUCCUGGUCUCUUGCAGCCAAAGUCCAGGGCCCCACAGCACCUAGAGAGUAGCAGUUUAAAAAAAAAUUGUUGAGUUUUCCAUUUUAACAAUCAAAUCACAUUAAAUAUUCCAAAUUAUACAUAUACAUUUCAAAUAAUCCAAAUAUUCUGCUGAAUUAUAAUUUUUUUGCUUGGGCUUCCCUUGCUUUGAGUUCGGGGGGGCUCUGAUCAUCUCAUAUCUCUGCUGUUUUUAAUAGUCAUUUCUUAUUGUUCCUUUAAUUCUUCCUGUCGUUUUCCUUCUUUCACUGCCUCUGAGUUGUUUCCACAAGCGAGCUGAAGUAAAAUGAUACGUUUCUGUGUGGAUUUAAUUGUAUGAUACCCCUCUGUCCAUGCAACAUCUCCUCACACUGUUGGCAUUUCUGCCGAAUCCAUCCAAAAGUCUUUUCGCUGCUGGCAGCCGCCAUUUUCUCUCAGUUCCGAUGAAACAAUUCUAGGCGUCUGCUCAUUAAUUUUCCCAGACCGGUUGCAUCAAACAUUAGCCUUUCCAGGGGAGAUUUACCAAAUCGAACUUGAAAUGCAAAUAUAGUGACAUAUUAAGAGCUCACCUCCCCCCUAGAGAAUAGCAGUUGAUGAGGUCAGUGGUCAGCAGGUUGUGUCUUGGCAUGUGGGCGAGCUUGGGCUGGGGAGGUUUGAGCAGUGCUCUGGGUGCAUCAGUGCAGGGGAGGCUACCGGACUGAGGCGUCUAUCUCGUUGGCAGGCGUGAGCUGCUCAGAUGACGACGAGAAGCCCCGCAAACGGCGCCGCACCAACUCCUCUAGCUCCUCCCCAGUCCUCCUGAAGGAGGUCCCCAAGGCCGCCACGCCGGUCACCAAGACCAUCACGGUGCCUGUCAGCGGCAGCCCCAAGAUGAGCAGCAUCAUGCAGAGCAUAGCCAACUCCUUGCCGCCCCACAUGUCCCCUGUGAAGAUCACCUUCACGAAGCCGUCGACACAGACGACCAACACCACAACCCAGAAGGUGGGUAGGGAUGUUCGGUAUGUGCGGCUGAGAACGAGAGGUUUCCUUAGCCUACAGCAGGCACCCCCAAACUCGGCUCUCCAAUAAACAUUCACAAACUGUUUAUUGUAAUAUAUAGAUAGACAACUUGAGGAUCUUUACAAUUUUAUAACAUGCAGCUAGAAAUAUGUGUUGAGAAACCAGAGAAAGGAGCUGAGGGAAGUCUGGGGGUGUGGUGGGAGGUUGGGUUUUUUUUGUUGAGGGGGGUGGGGGGGAAAUGGAGGGAAAUAAUCAUGUGGAUGAUGUAUUUUUGAUAAAACCAUUGUGUUGAAAUUUCCAAUAAAACAACAACUAGGCCCUCCAGAUGUUUUGAGAUUCCAACUCCAAUGAUUCCUAGCUAACAGGACCAGUGGUCAGGGAUGAUGGGAACUGUAGUCCCAAAAGAUCUGUAGGGCUGAGUUUGGGGGUGCCUGGUCUACAGUCCCUGUGCAAUCCCAGCCACUGUGAAAUUGAGGAGCAUAUAUUUCUGGCAGGUGACCCUUCAGAGCUACCUGCUGUUGCCAUUUUGGCUUUCCCAGUCUGGGAAAGAAUAGCGGGGGCCAGCCAAUCAGAAGUGUGAGGAGCUCCAGUAAGUUUGCCACUCACAUUGCAGUACGCUCACAAAUGUGGGGAGGCUGUUUCACCCCAAAACCGGGGUAGAGGCUAAGCCCAGUCCCAGUCUACAGACUGGAAACUGCUAUUGACACCACCCUGCAACACCAGUUCUGUUUAAUUGUCUGUCGUUUUUUCUCCCGGAAUUCCUCUGUUAUGUGCUGAUGUCUUCUCCACUUCAGUAAAACCCCAUCCACCACAUUUCAAAAGAUAGUGCUGCCUGUGGACCAGCACACGAUUGGUCCCAGAAAUGGGGCAGAGUCACAGGCCGCCAACUCCCCUAACAGCCUGUCUCCUAGGGUGGCUGUGCAGGGAAAUGAGAUAGCCUUGUCUGCGGGUGCAACCUCAAGCGCUGCUCCCAAGAGAAAUGGCAGGCUGUAAGUAAGUUUUAGUGAACCUCAAGCCUCAUCCACGUUUUGGAGGUUGUCAUUCAAUCGCAUAUCGAUAGCGAAUGCAAUGAUAACCAGUCAGUUUGGGCUACACGAUUUAUUGUCACAGAGCCAGUUAAGAGCGAUGGCAGCGUUACCCUUACUCUGAAUGGACAAAUGCUCCUUUGGGGAGCAGCGAGGGGCUGUCGGCACAAGGGGCGAUGAUUGAAACCUUUUUGUGUGCUCUCUUUUCCAGGUGAUCAUAGUCACCACGUCUCCCAGCUCCACCUUUGUCCCCAACAUCCUCUCCAAGUCUCACAACUACGCGGCCGUCACCAAGCUCGUCCCGACGUCGGUCAUUGCCUCCACCACCCAGAAGCAGCCGGUGGUCAUCACCGCUUCCCAGUCCUCUUUGGUUAGCAGCUCCACCAGCACCUCUACCAGCGCCUCCACCGGGGGCUGCUCCACCCUUUCCUCCGCUCCCAGCACGGUCGCUGUGACCACCGUGGUCUCCUCGACGCCCUCCGUGGUUAUGUCCACAGUUGCACAGGGUGAGACGUUGGCAUUGCAUGGGGAAGGUUCUGAGAUUGCGACCCCCACUGCCUCGGGUGAAAAGACAGGUGCAGCUGAAAACUGCGUGCUACAUCUCAUUAGGGUCUUCCAGGCUUCCUAUGUGUGCUGCACUUACCGUCUUUCCCCGAAAGUACCGUAUUUUUCACUCCAUAAGGCACACCGGACCAUAGGGCGCACCUAGUUCUUUUUUGGGGGGGGGAAUCAAGAAAAAAAAUAUUAUUUCCCCCUCCCAGCCCCAAAGAGCAAAGAAGCCAAGACAGCGUGCGGGAUCCAUCCCGCUGGCUGUCUUGGCUUCCUCUUUAGUCGCACGCAACCUUUCCAGCCGGGAGAGGCUGCACGUGGCUUUGGCAGAAGCCAAGUCUUGGCUUCGUUUUUAGCUGGGGCAGGGGAAGCCCGAGCUUCCCCCAACCCCAGCCCCCAGAACAGGUCUGGGAGCAGCGGCAAAGUUGUGAAGCCUUUGGAGCGCAGCGCGAGUUCCUGCUGCGCUCCAGAGGCUUCAGGGAUAGCCGCCUGAAGCCUUUGGAGCGCAGCGAGACCUCGCACUGUGCUCCAAAGGCUUCAGACGGCUAUCCCUGAAGCCUGGAGAGCGAGAGAGGUGCUCACCGACCCCUCUCACUCUCCAGGCUUCAGCGAAAGCAACGCAUAGCCUCCGGAGCGCGGAGGGAGCGCUCCCUCUGCGCUUUGGAGGCUUCGCGUUGCUAUCACUGAAGCCAAGGAGCCUUAAUUUUUGGAGGGGAAAAAGUGCAUCCUAUAGAGCGAAAAAUAUGGUAAGACAUCCCCCGAAAAUAAGACCUACUUCCAGUUUUGCCUCUCGCUGUAAUACAGUGGUGCCCCGCAAUACGAAUGCCUCGCAAGACGGGAAACCCGCUAGACGAAAGGGUUUUCCGUUUUGGAGGUGCUUCGCAAAACGAAUUUCUUAUGGGCUUGCUUCGCAAGACGAAAAUGUCUUGCGAGUUCCUGCGGGGUUUUUUCCCUUCCCCCCCCCUUUUCCCCAAGCCGCUAAACCGCUUAUCAGCUAAUCGGCUAAGCCGCUUAUCAGCUGAUCGCUAAGCCGCUUAUCAGCUGAUCCGCUAAGCCGCUAAUACUGUAGUGCUAAUCCGCUAAACCGCUAAUGGGCUUGCUUCGCAAGACGAAAAAACCCGCAAGACGAAGAGACUCGCGGAACGGAUUCUUUUCGUCCUGCGAGGCACCACUGUAUAAGGCCUUCCCCGAACAUAAGGCCUCCCCGGAAUAUAAGGCCCCCGAAACCACCUCAAGGCGUCUGACUCCUCUGGACCCUAGCGGUGGGCGCCGCCACGCAGCUCACUGAUUGGCCACAGUGCAGCCAGAGCUGUUCAGGCAGUGCGAGGUCUCUUUAAAUCAGAGAGCCGCUGCCGCUGCCAGGACAAGCUGUCGCCUGCUGCUUGCUCUGCCCUGGCGGAGUCUGGCUGACUCACAAUUAGACAAUAAAUGUGUACCGUAUUCUUCUUCAUGGAAAAAUAAGACAUCCCCUGAAAAUAAGACCUAGCGCAUCUUUGGGAGCAAAAAUUAAUAUAAGACACUGUCGUAUUUUCGGGGAAACAGGGUAAUGAUGAGUUGUACAGUGGUACCUCAGGUUAAGUACUUAAUUGGUUCCGGAGGUCCGCUCUUAACCUGAAACUGUUCUUAACCUGAAGCACCACUUUAGCUAAUGGGGCCUCCUGCUGCCGCCGCGCUGCUGGAGCACAAUUUCUGUUCUCAUCCUGAAGCAAAGUUCUUAACCUGAGGUACUAUUUCUGGGUUAGCGGAGUCUGUAACCUGAAGCGUAUGUAACCUGAGGCAUAUGUAACCUGAGGCGUAUGUAACCCGAGGUACCACUGUACUUACUAAUGUUGGUAAUGGGGCAGUUAGAGACAACCCCACUUUCAGUGCUGCAAAAAUCCUGGGGCAGCGCACUGCUUCAUUUCCACUCUGUGCAUGUCCCAUAACUUCUGGCUGUUGCAGAAACGGUCAAGUGCCACGCUAGGUGCUGUAUUCUUUCCAGUCGCAUUUUUAUUACUUCUUUUGUUUCUUCCAUAUUCUAACCUGCAAUACGUUAAAAACAACAACAACAUAAGAUAUAGAGGAAGUGGUGAAAACGCAAGUGAAGGCGACGACAGAUUUGCAUACGUCUAGUCGACAUGUGACCGCCUCCAUGUACAUCGCUACAACCUGGAAGUGGCCGGGAAAGGGGGGGAAAUUGGCUUAUGCAUGCUCUACCAUCGCAUGCUGUAACCUGGAAUGCAAUCCCCCUGCAAAUUGGGGGUUGCCUGUAUAAAUGGGUGCUGGAUGCAACGGGUGGGACGUCUUCAGCCACAAACCCCCAGACAUGCCGCGGGCCACACGAGUGAAACUCAAUGGCUGCAGUUUGGGAAGCCUCGGCCCGGUAUACCUGAAGGAGCCUCCCCACUCUCAUCAUUCAGCCCGGACACUAAGGUCCAGCUCCGAGGGCCUUCUGGUGGUUCCCACAUUGUGAGAAGUGAGGUUACAGGGAACCAGGCAGAGGGCCUUCUUGGUGGUGGUGCCCACCCUGUGGAACACCCAUCAGAUGUCAAGGAAAUAAACAACUGUCUGACUUUUAGAAGGCAUCUGAAGGUGGCCCUGUUUAGGGAAGUUUUUAAUGUCUGCUGUUCUAUUAUGUAUUUAAAAUUCUGUUGGGAGCUUCCCAGAGUGGUUGGGGAAACCCAGCUAGAUGGGUGGGGUAUAAAUUUAUUAUUAUUAUUAUUAUUAUUAUUAUUAUUACUACAGUGAUACCUCUGGAUGUGAACGGUAUCCGUUCCAGAGCCCUGUUCGCAUCAUGAACAGAACGCAACCCACAUCUGCGCGGGUCGCAAUUUGCCGUGCAUGCGCAUGAUGCCAUUCUGAGCGUCUGCGUAUGCGCGAGCGGCGAAACCCAGAAGUAACCCGUUCCGUUACUUCCGGGUCGCCGCGGGACGCAACCUGAAAAGAUUUAACCUGAAGCGACUAACCCAGGGUAUGCCUGCCUCCUCUCUUCAAGGAGUCUGCACAUCGGCCAUUAAAGUCGCAGCGGCCCGGUUGCCUUCGCCCAAGACCCUGGUGGGGGCGCCGACCCAGAUCUUGACACCGUUUCCUAAACAGCAGCAGCAGCAGCAACAACAACAGCCGUCUCCCAAGCAGCAGCUUCAGCAAGCCCAGCCGCAGCAGCAGCUAACCCAGGCUUCCCCCGUGGCCGCCCAGCAGCAGCAACAACAGCAACAGCCUUCCCAGCAGCAGCAGCCAGGCCUGCACCCCCAGCAGUCUCCCCUUCCGCCAGGCAUCAAGCCUACCAUCCAGAUCAAGCAGGAAUCAGGUACCGAUCAAUGGGUUGCUCCGGGUGUUAACUCACUGCCGCCAUGUCAGGGAUUGAGGAAAUGAACCUAUGCUGCUAAUUCUCAUAGUAGACCAGUAUAAAGUGGCACACAAAACACUACCAAACCAUUCUACAUUCUAAAUCUCAUAUUAAUAAUCCAAAAAUUGAGAGAGCUAUGUACAAAAUCUACUACAGAAGCCACAAACAGAAAACUCAUUCAAAUUGUGUCCAAAAGGAAGAUUAAGUCUUUAAAGUUCCUUUAGCCAGGCUUCUGUAGAUAUCAACAAAGGUAAGUUUGAUCAAACGAAGUGUCGGCGAUGUUACGCACAAGAGUUAGACAGGGUGCCGGCAUUUGUCACCUGUUUCGCCCAUGAAGAGUCUCAGGCUGCUUCAAUAAAUUCUCUCACGUUUUGAUAUAUUUAUCAACAUUCAAGUCCAUAUGUUACAUUUCUUCUUAGAUUAAGCUACAAUAUUUAAUUUCUUUCUUCAGGAAAUUCUCCCUCAAGAUUUUGGUGUAUUUACAUACAUUCAACUUCAUAUGCUCAGUUCUUUCUUGACAUGCAUUUAUUCAUUUGAUCAAACUUCUCCUCUCUGAUAUCUAACCCUUGAGCGCAACAUCGCUGACACUUCGUUUGAUCAAACUUACCUUUGUUGAUAAGUGCGCUGCUCUGGUUUCCAUGCGCUGCUCUGGUUCGCCAGAAGCAGCUUAGUCAUGCUGGCCACACGACCUGGAAGCUGUACGCCGGCUCCCUCGGCCAAUAAAGCGAGAUGAAUGCCGCAACCCCAGAGUCGGUCACGACUGGACCUAAUGAGCAGGGGUCCCUUUACCUUUACCUUUACCAAACUUUGUAUGAUGAAAGACAAGCUGUGAAACUUUGUGUAUUCAGCAAAUACGAUGUCCAACACUGAACAUUGAUUCCGGAUAUUGACUACUGUUUCAUAGACUUCUUCAUCAGCGUGGUGGGAGGAUAUAGAAUUGCUUCAUAAACCCAUCUUAUAUCGAAUGAAUGUAUGUCAAUGAAAAUGCAGUGACUACAUUAUUACAUAAGCACUGUUCCACAGCGUUUGAUAUUUUCAUAUCAUUCAGAGACUUUGAGACUAAAGAUUUCAUUUUGUACUUGUUAUGAUUUGAAGGAAUUCUAUAAAGAUUGUCAAUUGUGUAUGUACAUGGUCAUUGUGUUGCCUAGACAUUGCUGAAGAGGAGGAAGAGGCAGGUCAGGCAAGUGAAGGGCCGAGGGGCAAGGAAGCAGCAGUGGGGUGAUCAGUUCUAGGCAGUGGCCUCCUGGGUGACAGAGGAGGAGAGACGAACGCAGAAGGAGGGGGCAGGUAGAGCUGCAGGCAGAAGAAAAAGACUAGAAUUAAUCUGGAAUGGAGUUUCAGCCAAGCACAUACUGUUGAAUUUGCACGAGUUACCGUAUUUUUCGCUCUAUAACAUGCACCCGACCAUAACUCGCACGUAGUUUUUAGAGGAGGAAAAUCCGUAGGCAUGCCACCCGUAGGCAUUCCCUCCAUAACACGCACAGACAUUUCCCCUUACUUUCUAGGAGGAAAAAAGUGAGUGUUAUGGUGCAAAAAAUACGGUAAAUGCUCUUGUGAUGUGGCUCCCCUGUGUUGCGGGGAAUGAUUUGUUCUGUCUUUCUGUAGCUAUUUGGCCUUCCUUUUUAAUGUUUGCUUCUUACGUCCACCUCCCACUCGUGAUGCCUCUUUUCUUUCCUAGGGGUCAAAAUAAUCACCCAGCAAGUGCAGCCCAGCAAAAUCCUCCCCAAGCCAGUCACAGCAACUUUGCCCAGCAGUAGCAAUUCCCCUAUUAUGGUGGUGAGCAGUAAUGGGACCAUCAUGACAACCAAACUGGUCACAGCCCCUGCUGGUGAGUGAUUCUUUCCUAUGCUCCGUAGAGGGUGGAAAGCAUUUUAAACUUGGGAAACAAGCUUAAAUGGUGAUGUACCUAGGGCGCAGUGAAGACGAUCAUACAAUACAGCUUGUUUGACAUAUUUGAAUCAUUUUUAGCCUACUUACAUGAGAAUACAAGUAAGUUUGUGUACUAAAAAACGACGAUUCCUCCAUUCUCCUUUUUGUUAUGACGUGGGGUCCACACUUUGCCAAAUCAACAUGUCAGAGACAAGGAUUCCUACCUAGUCUUCUCUCUGACCUGCUGAUUUUCAAUUUCCAAAGACUUGUGUGUUUGUGUUGAGGAGCAUUCAGUCCUGCAGAACAGCCAAGACACCUCUCCACUUGCAAGGGGUGAUGAUGAUGAUUAAUUGAAUUUAUAUAGCGCCCUAUACCCGCAGCUCUCAAGGCGGUUCACAGAAUAAACGUGAGCAUAUAACGUGCACAGUUAUAGCCUUCUCCCUGACAUGCUGAUUUUCUGUGUGCAGGGAUUUGGCAUUUGCACAGAGGGACAUUGAAGUGCUGCGAUCCCAUGUCUGCCACGCCGAGACCUUAGGCUUGCCACCUGUCCAGGGUUUGUGUGUGCUUAUGUGCAUGCGCACAGUUUUGGCAGUGUUCACCUCCCAUUGGUGUCUGUUCAUUUAAAACAUCUGUACCCUUGCUCUUCAGCCAAAAAGGCUCCCGGAGCAGCUUGGAUACAAUCAAAACAAAGCCGUCGCUCCCCACAGGCUUGCAGUCUAAAAAGCACAACACACAAGGGGAAAGCGACGGCGGGAGGAGAAGAAUCGAAACUCAGGCACCACUUUCUGAACAGCGGCUCAUACAAUGGCUGAGCUCUGAUUCUCAGCUCGCGGUAUCGGUUCCUCUCGCUGAUGCCUCUGCUGUCUUCCUUUCCCUUCCCCCCCCUUUGAACCAGGAACUCAGGCGACCUACACUCGUCCGACGGUCAGCCCGUCCAUUGGGACACGCAUGACUGGCACAUCGGGCGCCGCCACUUACGUCAAAACCACCAGCGGCAGCAUCAUCACGGUCGUCCCCAAAUCGCUUGCCACCCUGGGAGGCAAGAUAAUCAGCAGCAAUAUCGUUUCCGGUAGGUAGGCCUGUUUCUCGAAAAAUGCAGGGACCAGAUGGGUCAAUGGAGCUUCGGCUGGGUUGUCUGUGUGUUGCUGCUGUAUGUUUGAACAGUGGGCUCCAGCAGUAGGCUGCAAGAAGGAAUUAUCAUUAUAAUUAUUUAUGAAUUAUAUUUAUUUGCUGCCUUAUGCCCGCAGGUCUCAGGGCAGUUCACAAGGUAAAAUUACAAUAUAAAAACCACAAAAUACAUAAUCAAAAUAGAAACAGAAACUGCUGAAUAAACCACACACACUCCAACACAUAAGAUAGAGUUAUAUUGACAUAGAUAUAGAUAGAUAGUCCCAGGAUGGAAAGAUAGAGGAAUUCCAGGGAAAGUAUCUGUUAGGAAAUGGUACUUGUCACUGGUCAGAAACUAGACUUAAAUCCUAGAAUCGGGUUGUUAUUACUACUCAAAUUUGAUGAGGGAAGUAACAAUGUUACAAAUAAGGACUUAUUUAAAUUUUUACCGUCAGCAUAGCUAGAAGGUGAAAGAUUUAGGAGACAACUUGCUGUCUGAAUAGUACCAGCAAUUGCAUUGAGGGAAAAACUGACGCAAUAGGUGAAGUACAAAGAACAGUUUAAGAAUGACAAAGAAAAGCUGCAAGCCACGUUUAUUAAAUACAUAGCACAAAAGGAAUGUAACUGCCCACCACUGCCAGCAAGUGACCUGCUCUGAAAUACGAUUGUUUACAGUAUCAUCUUUGUUUACAAAGAAGGAGAAUUCUGGUCAUAAGUAAAGAAGAGCAAAUGUAUCACAGUACGACAGACUUAACCAAUGCUCUUGACUAUAUGUUACUCAUACAUUUAUGAUGAUAUACGCUGUCUUGUUUUUGUCGCAAAACGAAAUAAAUUUUUAAAAAAUAAAAGUGGAGGAAGCCUUUCCCUGCUUCCUGUGCAAUGCAACAAUAAAUCUUUGCAGUAACGGCAGUCGCUGGCACACACAUGGAAACGCCAUUUUUCUUUGUAGUCGAAAAGACAAAUGAAUGCUGAUCUGUAACAGUGGCAUAUUUUUAGUCUGUUUGUAUUUUAAUUCAAACCCCCUCCCCCUGGAAGCUGGUAAUGUUCCGAGCAAAUACCACUGCGUGUAGACCAAGCUGUUGUAUUUUCGCUUUUUUUGAAAGGUAACUCCUUGAUGAAGACCUAUUUCCAACAAAAAGGUACCCAAAACUUGCAAUGCUCUAGAAACCUUUGCAUGAUUCCCCAGCCCCAGCCCAGCCCCCUCCAUGAGGUAUCACAGCACCCCUCACCCUGUGACUUUGCUGGUGUUUUACCGAUGAGAAGCUGCAAAGCCACAUGAGAUGACACGGUCUCCUGUUUUUAACUGAGAUCUGGUCUGGCAGGUAAAAAACAGCUUUGCCACUCAGUUUUUCCAGUUGGACCUGACCUGAUAUGAGGUUGUGCCCCUGGCCUAGCAAACUGUCCCCUUCCCAGGGUCCCUGUGCCUGCUGGUGCAUGCUCUGGAAGCCCCUGUAGCUACAGCUCCCCAGUGACUGCUGGCCACCUUGGCUCCCUCUAUUGCAUUGAAUGGAGAAGUGGUUAUGGGUUGCCCCGGCUGGAAUAGAGAGAAGGGGGUGUCAUCGCUGUUUUCUUGUACUUGGUGCCCCCUAAAUGGUGCUUGGAUGAGGCCGUUUUAAAUUGUAAUGCCAUGGGGUAACCACAGCAGUAAUGGGGCAAGCACUGCUGCUUCUAACCGAACCUCCUUUCUAUUUCCCCUCCCACUCGGGCAACCAAGGAACUACGACCAAAAUCACAACCAUCCCUGUGACGUCGAAGCCCAACGUGAUAGUCGUGCAGAAGACGACGGGGAAAGGAACCACCAUCCAAGGGCUUCCAGGCAAAAACGUGGUCACGACGUUGCUAAAUGCGGGGGUAAGAGAGAGGAAGUGCGAUUAUCGCUAUUUCAUCAUUGUCAUCAGUACCCACUGCCUUGCGGGAGACGCCUUUGGGAGAAGAAAAGGCUAAAGAGUAGACCCUCCUUCCGGCAACUUCUGCAGCCAAGCUGGUGCCAAAUGUAUUACUCAGAUGAUCCAGCUUAAGUUUUGUGUAUAGUUUGCUCUCCACUAAGCAUGCAGUAGGGACGCGGGUGGCGCUGUGGGUUAAACCACAGAGCCUAGGAUCAGAAGGUCGGCGGUUUGAAUCCCUGCGACGGGGUGAGCUCCCGUUGCUCGGUCCCUGCUCCUGCCAACCUAGCAGUUCGAAAGCACGUCAAAGAGCAAGUAGAUAAAUAGGUACCGCUCCGGCGGGAAGGUAAACGGCGUUUCCGUGCGAUGCUGUGGUUCGCCAGAAGCGGCUAAGUCAUGCUGGCCACAUGACCCGGAAGCGGUAUGCAGGCUCCCUUGGCCAAUAAAGCGAGAUGAGUGCCGCAACCCCAGAGUUGGCCACGACUGGACCUAAUGGUCAGGGGUCCCUUUACCUUUACCUUUAAGCAUGCAGUUACAGGGCUUUUAACCCUUUACGUUGCAUAGGGGGAAAUUGCUUGUCCCAUGCAGGUGGAGUAUGAGAGGAGAGCAAGUGAGUUAAGUCACAUAAUGGGUGUGAUUUUUUAAUUUUCUGGCCUAGUCUCACCAAGGCAAACCUGCAAGUUUUUUCCUCAGGGAGAGAAAACGAUCCAAGCGGUGCCAGCUGGAGCGAAGCCAGCCAUCAUCACUGCCACCAGGCCCAUUACCAAAAUGAUCGUCACGCAGCCAAAAGGGAUCGGGUCUGCCGUCCAGCCAGCUACCAAAAUCAUCCCGACCAAAAUUGUUUAUGGGCAGCAGGGUAAAACGCAGGUAUGCUUAAGAAGUUUUUUUUGGGGGGGGGGCAAACGUGUUUCACCACCAGCAUAAAAAUAGCUUUUUAACACUCUGCCUUGCUUUGGCGAGCAAGGCCUUCUCUGCGCACUGGGUCUGGGUUGUGGCCACUAGAUCUCGUGAGAGCGUCCCUGGGCUUCUGGAGCCAGCGUAUGGAGAAAGUCUUGCUUCCCCAGUAACGUGGAGAGCUAAACAGCUGUUUUUUGCCCAGUUUUCCUGCUGCAAAAAGAACUUUCAAGCUCUCUACCUUGCUUGUAGAAUAUCAACCAGCAUCUUUCAACUGCGUAUGUUUGAAAUCAUAUUGUGUAGUCCAUGCAUUUUGCAACCUGCAGUUUUGCAGGACACAAUUGCAUUUUGAUGUUUGAGGCUUUGACUUAACUGUGGGGCCAGUUCAGCUGUGUAAUAAUAAUAAUAAUAAUAAUAAUAAUAAUAAUAAUAAUAAUAAUUUUGAUUUAUACUCUGCCCUCCCCAGCCAAGACCGGGCUCAGGGCGGCUAACACCAGGUAUAAAAACAGUUGAAUAAAAUACAACUUAAAAACAAGAUUAAAGUACAACAUUAAAAUGCAGCCUCAUUUCAGUGGAAACUCAAAUCAAAAACUUUUUGGGGAUGAAAAUGUCAAAUCUUCACCAAGGCCAACUAUCCAGACUAGUCCUACGUGGGCCAGGAAAAAACCAGGGAAGUCCCCAAAUAGGAGUUCCAUCACAGAAGGAGAAAGGAAAGAGGGGAAGGGGAUCAAGUUGAUUCCAAGCCAAAGGCCAGGCGGAACAACUCUGUCUUACAUGGAAAGAAAUCAGAUCCCUCAGGGCCCUGGUCUCAUGGGUCAGAGCAUUCCACCAGGCCGGAGCCAGUGUUGAGAAGGCCCUGGCUCUGGUUGAGGCUAAUCUGACUUCCUUAGGGCCCAGGACCUCUAGGGUGUUGCUAUUUAUGGACUGUAUUUAUAUUCUUCCACUUCGAUUGCUGAGUGCACAAUCGGGAGAGAUAAAGGGUGAUGGAGAGCAUUUCCCCCCUCCCACAAAAAAGCCUUUUUAAAGAAAAGCCUGAAAAAACGAAAGCCGAAUCUUUAGUGGAAUUAAACAUAUGCCUCUGUUUCUGUGGGAAGAACUGGGUCUGGUGCUGGAAUGUGGGCCCCAAGAACUUUGCAUGGGGAUAACGUUGCCCUUGGUGUCAACAAAUGUCCACCCCUGCUGUAAACUGCCCCCCCCUUCUUUUCAGGUCCUUAUCAAGCCAAAGCCAGUGACCUUCCAGGCAACGGUUGUGAGUGAGCAGACAAGGCAACUGGUCACCGAAACCCUUCAGCAGGCUUCCCGGGUGGUGGAGGCGGGGAACGCUUUGCUGCCAGAGGUGAAAGAGGAGCCCCAGGCGUACACAGACAGCAGCUCCUCUUCAACAGAAUCCUCGCAGGGUUCCCAAGGUUAAACCUGCAUAGAUCUCCUAGCGUAAUACGGCUUGGGUUGGUUUUUAUAUUUUCCCUGAGGUUGCGUGAUAGAUUUGGGGACUUCGGAACUGAGACGAAACUGGGGAUAGCUCAGUUGGUAGAGCGUGAGACUCUCAGGGUCGUGGGUUCAAGCCCCACGUUGGGCAAAAGAUUCCUGCAUGUCAAGGGGUUGGACUAGAUAAUCCUAGUGGUUCCUUUGCAACUCAAUGAUUCUGUGGUUUGGACUUUGGGAGCAGAAUGGCCUUGGCUGGCCUCAUGAGCUCGGCUUCUGAGCUCUGCACCCCCAACUGUUCUGCGUGCUCAUAAGAUGGCCUUUGAUCAGGUUGUUAGUGUGCAUCUGUCCAUGGAGUUAGAAUCAUAAAAUUCUACGGCUUGGACAGUUCCCGUUGAUGGCCAGCCCCUUAAUCCCGGUUACGACGUUUCCUUAAUCAUAGCAUGCAAGCACAAUGGCCUUAAAAGGACAUGCAGCUCCAUGUACACCCACAACAGAGCCCGCGCACCUGCUAAUGCAAUAGUACUUAGAGAGCCAGUGUGGUGUAGUGGUUAAGAGCGGUGGACUCGUAAUCUGGGGAACCAGGUUCGCGUCUCCGCUCCUCCACAUGCAGCUGCUGGGUGACUUUGGGCUAGUCACACUUCUCUGAAGUCUCUCAGCCCCACUCACCUCACAGAAUGUUUGUUGUGGGGGAGGAAGGGAAAGGAGAAUGUUAGCCGCUUUGAGACUCUUUAGGGUUGUGAUAAAGCGGGAUAUCAAAUCCAAACUCUUCUUCUUCUACUUGGUUUCCUCCUAUUUCCAUCUUUGUCUGUGAUCAUUUUUGUAAGAAAACAUGGCCUCCUAGAUCGAUGGCCAACAGGGAGCAGCAAAGUGCAAAUUGGAGGAAGUGGGAGGAACAGCAGCUUUGACAUCCCUGAAGUUACAUGAAAUUAGUUUUGAAGAGUUGGCAUCCAAAAAGCUCCCAAGCUGUAAGAUGGGCCUGUGGCUUAGCUAGGAGAAAGAUCAAAAGCAAUUCAUUAGAUAUGCCCCCCUUCUCUAAGUGCUGUCCAGACUGCGGAGAGAAUAACUGGGUGCACUCUUCCCACCUUGGAUCAAAUCUAUGCUUCCAAGUGCCAUAAGAAAGUUGCAGAGAUAGCGUAGGAUAGUGCGCACCCCGGAAAUGAUCUCUUUCAGCUUCUGCCUUCUGGAAGAAGGUACAGGGUUAUAAAGACUAGGACUAGCCGCCUGAGAAACAGCUUCUAUCCAAAUGUGGUUUUGGUUUUAAAUGCAGUGUAAGGAGUCCCUAGGGGAGUAUAUUGUAUUUAAAAAUGGGGUAUCAGAGUUUUUAGGGGGCUAGCAAGGUUGCGAUAGCUGGGAUAGCAGGCUUGUUGGUUUUUGAAUGUCUUAUGUAGAUUUUUUCAGUUUCGUUGUUCUGUAUAGGACAAUGACAAUAGAGAUAAUUUUUUCAUCCAAUGAAGCUGAACGUUGGAAGAUUCAGGGCAGAUAAAAUAAUAGAACACACAGUGAUGGCCACCACCUUGGGUGGCUUUAAAAAACGAUUAGACAGAUUCAUGGAGGAGAGGGCUAUUGAUGGCUGGAAUACCAGUUGCUGGAAACUGCAGGAGCAUAGACUGCACUUAAAGGGUGGUGCUGUGGGUUAAACCACAGAGCCUAGGACUUGCCGAUCAGAAGGUUGGCGGUUCGAAUCCCCGCGACGGGUGAGCUCCUGUUGCUCGGUCCCUGCUCCUGCCAACCUAGCAGUUCGAAAGCACGUCAAAGUGCAAGUAGAUAAACAGGUACCGCUCCGGUGGGAAGGUAAACGGCGUUUUCGUGUGCUGCUGUGGUUCGUUGGGCCACAUGACCCGGAAGCUGUACGCCGGCUCCCUCGGCCGAUAAAGCGAGAUGAGCGCCGCAACCCCAGAGUUGGCCACGACUGGACCUAAUGGUCAGGGGUCCCUUUACCUUUACUUAGACUGCACUUACGCUCGAAUCCUGCUCACAGGUUUUCCACAGGCAUCUGUUUGGCCGUUGUGAAAACCGGAUGCUGGACCGUUGGCCUGAUCCAGCAGGCUCUCCUUACGAUCUUACGUUCCUUUGUGUCUCAGAUUCCCAGCCUGUGGUUCACGUCAUUGCCUCCCGAAGCCAGGAUUGGUCAGAACACGAGAUUGCUGUGGACUCCAGCCCUACCAUAAUCUACCAGGACGUCUCCAGUGAAUCCCAGUCGGCCACUUCGACAAUUAAAGCGCUGUUGGAGCUGCAGCAAACAACAGGUGGGUGCUCUUGAUUCCGGAGCGUCUGUGGCUCCCUUGCGUCAACUAGCUUGCGUUUUUAUUUCAGUGGCAGAAAAGGACUUGGUCCUGUCUGUGUGUGCCGCUCACUCCCUUUCCCUAGAGAGCCAGUGUGGCGUGGUGGUUAGAUUGUCUGACUGGAUUCUGAGGGACCAGGGUUCAAAUCCCCACUCGGCCAUGCAGCUCACUGAGUGACCUUGGGAAAGUCGCUACCUCUCAGCCUAACCUAGCCCACAGGGUUGUUGUGGGGAUUAAAUGAGGAGAGCCGAGAACCACGUACAGGCAACUCCCCAUUUACGCGGGGGUUAUGUACUGAGGCACCACAUGUUUAAGUGAAAUUGCGUAUGUUUGGAAUACGGUUGCAAAAGCCUGAAAGCAGCCCAUUCGCUCCCUCCAAACCUCCUUGCUCAAGCGCCAACUCUCCACAGGCCUCAAGCGUCGAUGCAAAGGCUCCUGGGAUUGCCUUUGCAAAGGCUUAUGGGAUUGCUAGAUGCCGUUUAAGAGCUCUGCUCUUAAAAAGCAGAGACAUCACCUUGCUGACAAAGGUUCGUAUAGUUAAAGCUAUGGUUUUCCCAGUAGUGAUGUAUGGAAGUGAGAGCUGGACCAUAAAGAAGGCUGAUCACCGAAGAAUUGAUGCUUUUGAAUUAUGGUGCUGGAGGAGACUCUUGAGAGUCCCAUGGACUGCAAGAAGAUCCAGCCGAUCCAUUAUGAAGGAAAUCAGCCCUGAGUGCUCACUGGAAGGACAGGUCCUGAAGCUGAGACUCCAAUACUUUGGCCACCUCAUGAAAAGAGAAGACUCCCUGGAAAAGACCCUGAUGUUGGGAAAGAUGGAGGCACAAGGAGAAGGGGACGACAGAGGACGAGAUGGCUGGACAGUGUUCUCGAAGCUACCAGCAUGAGUUUGACCAAACUGCGGGAGGCAGUGGAAGACAGGAGUGCCUGGCGUGCUCUGGUCCAUGGGGUCAUGAAGAGUCGGACACGGCUAAACGACUAAACAACAACAGAUGCUGUUUUUGCACAAUUUUUGCCCUUUUUGUGCUCUUUUAGGCCCGCUUUUCCCCUUUCGUGCCCCUUUGCUGCAUGUGUGUGCAGUUGCGCAUAAAAAUGGGGAGUUGCCUGUACAUCUCCUUGAAUUACAAAGUGGCAAAGAAAUGCAAUAAAUAAAUGAAUAAUUUUUUUGGCAUGCGUCAUUGGGGGCUUAUGUGCUUAACUUAGUCUUGAGACCAAAACAAAAAGCAACAACAGUGUUCUCUGCUCUUUUUUUUCUCCUUUAUGGCGGAGCAGUGAAGGAGAAAUUGGAAUCCAAGCCAAGGCAGCCAACGAUUGAUCUGAGCCAAAUGGCAGUUCCCAUCCAGAUGACCCAAGAGAAGCGACAUUCUCCAGAAAGCCCCUCUAUCGCCGUGGUGGAGUCAGAACUGGUUGCAGAAUACAUCACCACUGGUGAGUCACGUAGGAGACAUGCGAGGGGGAGAAGGUCCUGGUGGGACUUCAAAAUAUAUACGGUAUAUUGCAAGCAGGAUGUGGAAAACUUCACAGACUUUUGGGACCUCCCAACGACCAGUUUAUUGAGCAUCCAUCCUGAUUUAGAAGGUGUGCUAUCCCUUGCUUUCCUUUGCAUUCCCAUCACUUUCCUUACUGCAAAAAAAACAAACAAUCUUUUGGGGAAGCGGGUUUGAUGCAGUAGAGCUCUGAAUGAAUGAACAGGGCAGAGAGAGUAGAUCAGGCACCCCCAAACUCAGCUCUCCAGAUGUUUUGGGACUACAAUUCCCAUCAUCCCUGACCACUGGUCCUGUUAGCUAUGGAUCAUGGGAGUUGUAGUCCCAAAACAUCUGGAGGGCCGAGUUUGGGGGUGCCUGGAGUAGAUUGUCACUGAAGAGUACAUGAUUAGCAUGGAACUUGCUGCCACAGGUUGUGGUUGUGGCACUUGGUUUGGAGGGGGGAUUAGAGAACUCCUUGGAGGAAGAGAAGUCGCAUCAAUUGCUAGUAGCCAUGAUAGCUAAAUGGAACUUCCAUGUUUAGAGGCAACCUGCCUGAGGUGGCACUGUGGGUUAAACCGCAGAGCCUAUGACUUGCCGAUCAGAAGGUCGGUGGUUCGAAUCCCCGCGACAGAGUGAGCUCCCGUUGCUCGGUCCCUGCUCCUGCCAACCUAGCAGUUUGAAAGCACGUCAAGUGCAAGUAGAUAAAUAGGUACCGCUCCAGCGGGAAGGUAAACGGUGUUUCCGUGCGCUGCUCUGGUUCACCAGAAGUGGCUUAGUCAUACAGCCACGUGACCCAGAAGCUGUACACCGGCUCCCUCGGCCAGUAAAGCGAGAUGAGCGCCGCAACCCCAGAGUUGGUCACGACUGGACCUAAUGGUCAGGGGUCCCUUUACCUUUAUCUUUUUACCUGGGGACAAACGGUGGAAAGAGGACUGUUGCUUUAAUGCCCUGCUUGUGGGCUGGUUAUCCACUUGGGGCAGAGAAUGAAGGUCUUCCUAGGCCUUGUGGUCUGAUCAGCAGGGCUGCUGUUAAAUUCUUACUUUUGAGCGCUGACAGAUCUUGGGGAGAAGAAAGUGCCAACUCUGGGGAGUGGCUAGAGAGAAUAGUUUGGGCGUAACUGGUACUACGGCUCCAUCUUGGAGCCUGCAGCUGAACCACGUUCAGGAAUUAGUGGUUCUUCUGAAUAAAUGCAGAGUGCCUCUCUCACUACCCACACUUGGUCCCCUCCAAGAAAAACAGGGAUAACAAGCUCCCAACUCCAGGAUUUGGAAGUACUGUGAAAGCCUCUCCAUUUCCCAUCCCUUCUUCAUGCCUAGCAGAUCCUGUUUUUGCCUGGCUUUAUGGAUUGUAUUUGGGAAGGAGGCAGUCUCCACGGUGUGUAUCUGGGAAGAUUGUAGGUGGCUGCUUUUCUCAGCUGCUGUUUGCCUCCCGUCUUGCCCACUCUCCCUCUCACACACACCCCUGCCCAAAUAAUGGAGCCUGUGGAAUAGCUUGCCACAGAUUCUUGUCAAACAGAACAAUAGAAUUGUAGAGUUGGGUGGGAGCCAAAGCGUCCUUGAGCCCAACCCCCUGCAAUGCAGAGCAGUUGAUGUCUGCCUCCCUAACGCUUGAAAAUUUCCUUGGUGGCUGUAUAGCCUACCCUUCCUCUCCACUUCAUGGCUUGACUCCUGCAGAACGUGCGCCGAAGUUGAGAUUGGAUGUUAGAUGAGAUGUAGGUUAGUCUUUGUUCUGAUCUAGCCGGCGCUCUGUUUGCAUUUGAGGAACAUUUUGCAACACGCUGGUUGGAGCACUUGCUCUGCGUGCAGAAGGUCCCAGGUUCAAGCCCCAGUGUCUACAGCUGGGAAAGACUCCUGUUCUGGACAGAUCACGACAAAUAGUUGGUUUUGCUUUAGAGCAAGCGCUGGCUGGAGAUGAGCAGAGCAAAUCGCCUCUUCUCGUAUCUCUAACAUCUUUGUCUAUCUGCAGACUCAGGAAGACAGCACUGUAUUCCUUCACAUUCGGAAGAAUACCUCCAAAGCCACAUAGGUUAGAUGUUUUAUUUCUAAAAGACAUUAAAAAAAUUUAUAGACUGUUCUGGAGGCCCUUGGAGUGACCUUAUACAGCAUGGAAGUGCUGGUGUGCGUCAGCAUUGGGAUCCGUUAUUUUAUCUGGAUCAGUACAUUUCCAAUUUAUUUUAUUUUUUACACUGGAAAGCUUUGCCCAAGUGCUUAUAGAUUAGCAGUUUGAAGUCUCCAGUUGAUUGUAUUGGCUGUUGGUUAUGACAGCUGCUACUGUCAACCAUGGGCACUUUGUUUUAGCCUUUCUGUGGUAGCAGAGAGAACUAGAACGUUGCCGUGACUACUUGUUCCUCUGCACCAUUGCAAAAAGUGAAGAAAAGCCUGGCAAGGAGUGGGCAAGCAUGUGACUGAUGGCUCUAGGGCAGCGGUUCUCAACCUGUGGGUCCCCAGAUGUUGUUGAACUACAACUCCCAUCACCCCAGCUAGCAAGGCCAGAGCUCAGGGAUGAUGGGAGUUGUAGUCCAACAACAUCUGGGGACCCACAGGUUGAGAAAGGCUGCUCUAGGGUCUGGAAGGAGGCUUUCUGUGGGUGACUGUAGCAGUUGUCAGAAUUGACAGCUUCAAUAGUCAUAUGGAGGCUUCUGACCACAUAGAGGCUUGUUCACAAGGCAUCUAUGUAAACUAUGUAACUGGGGAAGAGGCGUGGAGAUGGUUUGGAUCUUAGCCUGGGCAAAUUCCUAGGUAACUGUUGCUGGAUUUUAAUGAGCCUAUUGAUUUCCCACACUUCAUUUGAAGAUUUAGGACUUUUUUUUCUCUCUCAGUGGAGUGUGCCAACAAAUUACUCGUUAUUUUUUUGUUUUUUUAAAGCAUAACAUUUCUGGGCCUUUGCCUACUCACAAUUAUUAACCAGGAUUCCUUGUGAGUUUCUUGGUGUACAGAAUUUUCUGCGAGGGCAGAGUUAUUGAAAGCAAUUACUCAAGAGCGAGUUUCACUUGUGCCAUUGCAGUGAUGCAGAAGAUGAUAGAAAAGACCCAAAACUUGGCACCUUUAACCAGGACAAGUCCACAGGGUUCCUGGUAGGCUUCUGGUUGGCCACUGUGAGAACAGAAUGCUCAGUUAGUUGGACCCAGCUGCCAGGCCUUUCUUAACAUUGUGUUAUCCACUUGUGUGUAUUUGCACAGGGUGUUAAGAAUGUGGUUUUGUUCCUAACCCUUACUAGUGUGUAGGUUUUUGGAAGACACCUUGUGUGUUCACUUGAACUGCAAAGGACGGGGAAACGAGACAUUCUGACGGGGACUUGGUUUUCCUGAGCCUUCAGAAGCCUCCACCUGUUUGGGGGAUAGCUGUGGAAAACCAGCUUGCAACCUUUCUGUCAAGCUCCACUGUGACUCGGCAGGAGGAGACUUGGAAUCCCAGGGCAGGGAGCAGAUUUGGCCCCAUUCCACCCACCCUUUGCUUUUCUCCGUAGGAAUGAACAAAUGGCCAAGAACAAUUGGCCAUAAGAACAUAAGAAGAGCCUGCUGGAUCAGGCCAAUGACCCAAGUAGUACCGCACUCUGCUCUUACAGUGGCCAACCAGAUGCUCGUUAUGGGAAACGCGCAAGCAGGAUUCAAACGCAAGUGCCCCCUCUCCCCUUCUGUGGUUUACAGCAACUGGCAUUCAGAAGCAUCCCUGCCUCCCAGCCGUGGUGGCAGAGCAAUAACCAUCAUGGCUAGUAGCUGUCGACAACCCUCUUUUCCAUUUAUAGUGGGUGAAGUUAAAGCUCCGCAGGUGGGGUCAACAAUGCAUCAAGGACAGUCUCUGCUCUUUCCCCCGGAAACUUGCUGACGGAGAUCCUGUGCGUGUGUGUCUGUGCACGUAGGAGAAAGGUGCAGGCUGGGAUCCUUGCAGUGUACAACCCCACUCCGUGCUGUACCCUUUGGCAUUCUUGAGCAAGUUUUGGAACAUGGUGGCCGCUUAGAAGCGGUGCUCUCUGUUCCUUCCUGCCCCACCUGUCCCUCCCAGAUCUACACCGUCACUUUAGGUGACAUUCCCCACCUGCCUGUAGCUGUACAUCAGCCUUCACCAGUCCUAGGGCUGUGGGGAGUUGUAGUUCAAAGCACUUAGAGGCAAAGGCUGAUCCACACCCCUUUGACCCCAGCAUGUAAGACUAGCACACUGAACACACUUACUUUAAAUCUCACCAAUUUUUCCAUGGCUUCAUGAGAAUUCCAGUGGAGCAGGCAGCUUUGCGACACACCCUGAGAGGCUACCGCUGAUCUUUUUCUUCCUUCCUUCCCUUUCUCACUUCCAGUUAGCCACCGGUCCCAGCCUCACCAGCAGUCCUCCCAGCCCCAGCGGACUCUGCUGCAGCACGUGGCCCAGUCCCAGACAGCAACGCAAACGUCGGUCGUGGUGAAAUCCAUCCCAGCUUCCUCCACGGGCGCCAUUACCCACAUCAUGCAGCAGGUUGGUAACCGUCUCUCCAGCGCGGCCUUUUUUCGCUCCAGGGAGGUUCCGGCGAUUGGGCCUCCGGUGCCUAGCUGUGUUUCCCCUCUUGAGGUGGUGAUGCUAGAGAUUUGGAAACUCCCUCCCCAGAGAACCUAAUACAGUGGUACCUUGGUUCUCAAACGCCUUGGUACUCAAACAACUUGGAAUCCAAACACUGCAAACCCGGAUGUAAGUGUACCGGUUUGCAAACUUUUUUUUGGAAGCCGAAUGCGCUCCAUUUUGAGUGUUAUGCUUCCGAUUUGAGUGCCACACUUCUGUUUUGAGUGUUACGCUGAGGUCUGUCUGGUUUUGCUAUUUAUUUUGCGUUUUUCUGGCUCUUUUUGUUUUGUUUUUAUGACUGUGUGGAACUCAGUUCAGCUACUGAUUGAUUGAUCGUGCGACUGCAGUACAUUGUUUAUUGCUUUCAUUUUAUGGAUCAACGGUCUCGUUAGAUAGUAAAAGUCAUGCCAAAUUGCCGUUUUAGGGGUUGUUUUUAAAAGUCUGGAAAGGAUUAAUCCAUUUUGCAUUACUUUCUAUGGAAAAGCGCACCUUGGUUUUGGAAGGCUUUGGUUUUGGAACGGACUUCUGGAACGGAUUAAGUUUGAGAACGAAGUUACCACUGUGGUAAUAAUAAUAAUACCCCAUACAUACACAUUUAAAAGACCACAGAUUUCUCAAUCAGCCAAAACUUUAGGAGAAAAGGAAUGUUUUUGCCUGGUACCUAGGGAUAUGUAAGGAUGGCACCAGGCAGGCAUCCCUUGGGAGAGCAGUUCACAGGCAGGGAGCCAGCUCAGAAAAGAUCCAUUCUCGUGUUGCCACCCUCCGGACUUCUCAUGGAGGAUGCACGUGAAGAAGGACCUCAGUAUCAGGAGUUCAGCCUACACUUGAGUAGGACCCUGGCAAAGACACAUGCCCGACUGGCAUGUUCCCUCCCUCCUGGUCGAUUGUUCGGGAGCUUCAAAAGCCUUUUUCUGCCCAAACAUCACAGUGGCCGAUGCCAACAGACAUCGGCACACUUAGGGAUCUGCAGAGUCUUCACAGCUUUGCAUAACAGACCUCAGCAACUCAGCAUUUUGGCUAAUCUCCUUUAUUUACACAUAAACACACACGGAGCACUGCAACACGGCUCCUUCUCUCUCUAGCAUCAGGCAGCAAAGAGAAAAAGAACAAAGGACAAUAGUCCCACUUCACGGAACACAGUAACACAAACAUCCUGUCUCCGUCAAUUCCCACUCUGUGGAGUCUAAACAUACACCGUCAUGUGAAAGACAACAAUCCCAUGACUGCAAUCACGGAGCAGGAAUUCUAACACUCAGAUCACGAUUGCAGGGUCCAGGCUGGUUCAUAUGGGCAGUGAUAUCCCGUAUGAAUGCAUUGAACGCUGACGUUUUUUGCUCCCUCUCCUCAAGGCCCUGAGCAGCCACACGGCCUUUACCAAGCACAGCGAGCAGCUGGGGACAGAGGAAGGGGAGGUAGAGGAGAUGGACACCUUGGACCCCCAGACGGGCCUCUUCUACCGCUCGGCGCUGGUGCAGGCGCAGAAGCAGCAGAAGCUGAGCCAGCCGCCCCAGCUGGAGCAGACGCAGCUUCAGGUCAAGACCCUCCAGUGCUUCCAGGCCAAGCAGAAGCAGACCAUCCACCUCCAGGCAGAACAGCUGCCCCACAAACUGCCCCAGAUGCCCCAGCUCUCCAUCCGGCACCAGAAGCUUGCCCCGCUGCCGCAGGAGCUGGCCCAGCCCAAGCUGGAUGCCCCGCAGGCGGCGGCGCCACCUCCUCCUCCUCCCCACCACCCCAUAGCUCGCGAGAGGCAGCUGCCCACCUUGGUGGCCCAGCCCCAGCAGACGGUGGUCCAGGUCCUGGCUGUCAAGACCACCCAGCAGUUGCCUAAACUUCAGCAGGCGCCCACCGCCCAAAAGAUCUACGUCCAGCCCCAGCCGCCCCAGGGACAGAUGCAGCUCUCGACUCCUCCUGAGAAGCAGCCGGCGAGCCAGGUAAAGGACUCGGGUGCUGGGGGUGCUGCGAGGGGUUGGGGGGGGGAAUUCCACUUGCCUUGAGGGCCCCAUGGAAGCUGCCAUGUUGAACAGUCAUGGAACCAAGAAAUUACACAAAACAAAAGAAAUUACCGUGAAAAUCCCUGAAACGAGAAGUAAUUGACUAUAGAAUAACAAAAACUCAAACUAGAAUUAAACAAAGACUUUAUGAGAUGCCGGCUACAAAACUCGUUACUCAACUAAUCCGUUUCCUCAGAAGGGAAUAAAGAAAUUAUAAGAUUUUAAGUGGGAUCAAACAAGCUCAAGAGCAGGGCUGAAAAUGCUUCCUCGAGUUUACAAAAAAGGUAUGAAAACCUCAGUGACAAGUUUUAAACAUAGCCCUAUUUAAGAGAAUCCAGCAGUAGUGAUAAGAAAUUGAGGUUUUAAAGUUUCAAACAAACUCAGAAAACAGGGCAGAAACUCAAAAAAGUUUUAAACGUGAACCUUAUUUAAGAGAACCAAGCACUAGUAAUAAGAAAUUCAGUUUGUUUCUUUAUUUCCUUCUGAGGAAACUGAUUAGUUUGGUGAAACGAGUUUUGUAGCUGGCAUCUCGUAAAGUCUUUGUUUAAUUCUAGUUUAUUUUUUUGAUUUUUGUUAUUCUAUAGUCGAUUACUUCUCGUUUCAGGGAUUUUCACAAUAAUUUCUUUGGUUUUAUGUAAUGCCGUGUUGAACAGAGCAGCCACCGUCUCCUCCUGUCGAUGGACACCACUUGGUAGCACUCAUAUGAUUUGCCUGUGAGGAAGUUGAGGCUUUGGCGAGGACAGAGCUAAGGGGGCAGAGAACCAGUGGCAAAUAUAUAGGGCCUUUGGGGCUUUUCGUGCUUGUGCUCCUGUUCCCAAGCACCCUUCCCUCUGCUCUUACAAUUUUUAUUACAAUACAGUCGCAUCUUUCGCACGGGGUUGGGUCCAAGGGUUCCAACUAAACCCCAAAACCACCUGAACUCAGACCCUUUGAGCCGUCUCAUGUCUGGCAACUUGGGGCAGGUGGGAGACAGAGAGUGUGCCCAGCACUGCCAGAGCCCAGGCCUUUCAAUCAAGUCUUGCCCUCCAAGCAAAGCAGAGAGGCUAAACACUCUUUUCGUUCCAUGCAAAACCAGGGCAAUACUAAUAAUAAUAAUUUAUUUAUUUAUUUAUUUUAAAUGAUAUUUAUUAAAGUUUCCAAACACAUCAGUAAAAAAUUAAACGUAAAAAAAGAAAAAUACACAGUUCAGAAAUACACAAUACAUAAUCCAAAAAAGAAAAAAGAAAAGAAAAAGCAAAAGACAAAAAAGAAAACAUUUAAAAACAAUACCACCUUUUCAUCACCAUUUUUAAAUUUACUUAUUUUCUGGACCUCCUCAUACCUCCCUCUUUUGUAUUCCAGUUCAAUUUGUUUGUCCAGCAAUUUCUUUUCCUCUUUUUUAAUCCCAAUCCUUAAUCUUAAUAUAAUAUAACAUUAAAUUUUUACCUCUUAAAAGCCAAAUUUCCAUUUCCUUUAUCUUUUUAAUCCUAAUCCUUAAUCUUGAUCUAUAUAUAACUUUAAAGCCUGUAUAGCUAGAAGCCACUUAUUUUCAAUCCAACAUCACUCUAACAUUCUUUAAUUUUGCAAUGUUUCUGCAGAUAGUCUUUGAAUUUCUUCCAAUCUUCCUCCACCGACUCUUCUCCCUGGUCAUGGAUUCUACCAGUCAUUUCCGCCAGUUCCAUAUAGUAAUAAUAAUAAUUUAUUAUUUAUACCCCGCCCCUCUGGCUGGGUCCCCCCAGCCACUCUGGGCGGCUUCCAAUGAAACACUAAAAUACAAUAACCUAUUAAAUAUUAAAAGCUUCCCUAAACAGGGCUGCCUUUAGAUGUCUUCUAAAAGUUUGGUAGUUAUUUUUCUCUUUGACAUCUGGUUGGGAGGGCGUUCCACAGGGCAGGUGCCACUACCGAGAAGGCCCUCUGCCUGGUUCCCUGUAACUUGGCUUCUCGGAGCGAGGGAGCCGCCAGAAGGCCCUCGGUGCUGGACCUCAGAGUCCGGGCAGAACAAUGGAGGUCCUUCAAGUAUACUGGACCAAGGCCGUUUAGGAGCUUUUAAGCUCUCCACCUUGCUUCAGAUAUCCGCCAUCUUCAAAUAGCUAAAGGGUUGUCACAUGGAAGAGAGAACAAGCUUGUUUUCUCCUGCCCUGGACGGUAGGACUCGAACCAAUGGCUUCAUGUUACAAGAAAGGAGAUUCCGACUAAACAUCAGAAAGAACUGUUGUAACAGUCAGAGCUGUUAGACAGUGGAACGGUCUCUCUUGGGAGGUUGUGGACUCUCCUUCCUUGGAGGUUUUUAAGCAAAGGUUAGAUGGCCAUCUGCCAUGGAUGCCUUAGCUGAGAUUCCUGCAUUGCAGGGGGUUGGACUAGAUGACCCUUGGGUUCCCUUCCAACUCUACGAUUCUGUGUUUGGGGGGCAAGGCCUAUUCGGUGUGCCCACUCUGGAAUGCUGGCGAUAAUAAUAUUUUAUUUAUAUCCUGCCCUCCCCAGCCGAAGCCGGGCUCAGAGCGGCUAACAACAAUAAAAGUAACACAGCGAUGCUCAUUUGAGAUCUUGCCGGAUCUCAGAUAGCUUUACAGGACAUUGAGAGCCUCCCACAAGCAGUGCUCCAAGAGGGUUUUGCCCUCCCUCCACCCCAAAAGCAAGGCGGAGAGCUUCACAUCCCUUUCCGUGCCAGGGAAGCCCAAAAGAACUUUUAAAUGCUCCACCUUGCUUGGAUUUAAGUUGCACGGUUGUGCAGGUUAAAUGCACAUAACUUGCAAUCGUUCUGUAUUUAUGAUGACUUCUCUCCUCCAAGGAGCACAAGGUAGCGUUCUUGGUUCUCCUUGUCCCCAUUUUAUCCUCGCUACAGCCCUGUGAGGGAGCAUAGGAAGAAAAUAAUAAUAAUAAUAAUUUUUAUUUAUACCCUGCCCUUCCCAGCCAAGGCUGGGCUCAGGGCGGCUAACAAGCAAUAAUAAAAACAAAUCGAAUGAAUACAACUUAAAAACAAAAUUAAAAUGCAACAUUAAAAUAUUGAAACCUCAUCGCAGGAGGAGAAAGGAAAAGAAAAAAGAAAGAGGGGGAGGGAAUCAAAUUGGCUCCAAGCCAAAGGCCAGGCAGAACUACUCUGUCUUACAGGCCCUGCGGAAAGAAAUCAGAUCCUGCAGAGCCCUGGUCUCAUGAGGCAGAGCCUUCCAUCAGGCCGGAGCCAGUGUUGAAAAGGCCCUGGCUCUGGUUGAAGUUAAUCUAACUUCCUUAGGGCCCGGGACCACUAGGGUGUUGCUGUUUAUGGACUUUAAGGUCCUCCAUGGGGCAUACCAGGAGAAGCGGUCCCAUAGGUACGAGGGUCCUAGGCCAUGAUGGGCUUUAAAGGUCAAAACCAGCACCUUAAAUCUGACCCUGUACUCCACCGGGAGCCAGUGCAGCUGGAAAAGCACUGGGUGAAUAUGCUCCCAUGGCAGAGACCCCGUGAGGAGCCUCACUGCAGCAUUCUGUACCCGCUGGAGUUUCUGGGACAGCUUCAAGGGCAGCCCCGCGUAGAGCGAAUUACAGUAGUCAAGCCUGGAGGUGACCGUCGCAUGAAUCACUGUGGCCAGGUCGGGGCGGGAAAGGUAAGGGAACAACAUAGAAAGCUGUCUUAUAUGCUGUCAGACCGUGAGUCUCCCUAGCUCAGCAUUAUCUACCCUGACUGACAGAGGCUCUCCGUGGUUUCAGAGGUCUCUCCCAGCCCUACCUGCUGCUGGGGAUUCAAAUUGGGAGCUUUGACAUACAAGGCAGCUGAUCUGAGCUGUGACCCUUAGGCUGAGGGAAUGUCUGGCUCCAAGGCCACCCAUUUAGCUUCAUAGUUGCGCGGUGAUUAGGCUCACGUUUAAGCUAUGCUGUGCCAGGAGUGUAUUUUUUGAAAGUCAGAGCUGGGUGCAAGGAAGGAGCGACCCCUCUCUGUGCUAGGAAGAGAAGCCCCGCCAGGCUGGUGAUUUCUGUUAGUUUCAGACGCUUUCUAAAUACAGAUCUUUUGCAACUGCCAUUGCGUGGACCGAUUUCCUGAUUUUAUUUCAUUUUCACUUUUGUUUUGUUCUUCUUUUUAGGUAUAAAGUUAUUGAUUUCUGUCCCCGUAAUACCUUUUUUUGUUAAUUUCUGUGGAACGUAAAGACGAAGGCCCGGCGGCACUCUAAGGACCUCCAUUGUACGUCUUCCUUUGUCGUUUUACAUCACCCUCAGCUUAGUAAAAACUGCUUUCUCUGAGAAGAGCAAACCUACUUUUCCUUGGGGAAGGGCGCAAAACCAUGAAGGGGAAACCAAGGAAAAAUGAAUCAGUAGACAAAAACAUGUAUCGAUUUCCAUAGACGCUUAGGGGCAAAAAGUCACUCCUCUCUUUUAAAAACUGGCUCUCUGAGCCUUUUGAGGUGGGGGCAGGGGUGGAAUUGAGCAGGGAAAUGCUUUGGGGGGUGUAAAUCCCAAAGGAAUACGGGACUGCUGGUUGUAGAUGCCUAAGCAAGGCACCUCGCAGUCUGAAAGCCUCUCCUGCCUCAUAACUUAUUAUCCCCCUUACGUUGCUAUGGAUUAUUCUGUCUCACAGCACUUUGACUUUCAAAAUCACGCCCCUGUUGCUGUUGUUUAUUACUGUCAUUUACCGUAUUUUUCGCUCUAUAAGAAGCACCAGACCAUAAGACGCACCUAGUUUUUGGAGGAGGAAAACAAGGAAAAAAAUAUUCUGAAUCUCAGAAGCCAGAACGGCAAGAGGGAUCACUGCGCAGUGAAAGCAGCAAUCCCUCUUGCUGUUCUGGCUUCUGGGAUAGCUGUGCAGCCUGCAUUCGCUCCAUAAGAUGCACACACAUUUCCCCUUACUUUUUAGAAGGGAAAAGGUGAGUCUUAUAGAGCAAAAAAUACGGUAGGUUUAAGUAGCGCCAUGCGUCCAGCCAACCUGCCUGUAACGUGCAUAAACCCCCUUUUAAUUUCCAGGUGCACCAGCCCAUCAUAACCCAAGGAUCCUCUGUUACAAAGAUAACCUUUGAAGGCCACCAGCCGCCCACCGUCUCCAAGGUGACCAGCAUCAGCGCGGUGCCCAAGCUUGCGCCGCCCCUUCCAAACCUCUUUCCCGCCCAGGUGUCCGCAAAGACGGCAGUGGCGGACAUUUUGAAAAUGUCCAUGAUGGAAGCUCAGAUCGACACCAGCGUGGACCGCGUGGCGGCGGACCCGCCAAACAGCAAGGCCUCCCCCGCCGCUAGCGGGCCGCCCGGCGAAGCGGAAUCGGUGCCCGCCUCGGUGCUGAGGGUGGCCACGGUCGGGAUGGCAGCAUCGGUCCUCCAGCAGCCCAAGCGCCUGGACUCUGCCUCGAGCCCCCCUGCCGUCAGGCUGCCCUUGCCAGAGAGAAAGCAGGGAACCCCGGCUGCCGGCAACCACUUCAUUCGCAUCCAGAACAUCGCCCCAAAGAAAGUGGAGGAGAUUCCUGCGGAGAUCUUGAUCCAGGUAAACUCUGGGGAAAGAUAAAUUUAAGGAACCGCAGAAAGAGGAGGAAGGAAGUCACGUUUUAAAAUGUCAGAAUGAUUGUAAAAUCAGUGGAAUGUAUACAGUGGUACCUCGGGUUACGUACGCUUCUGGUUACAUACGCUUCAGGUUACAGACUCCGCUAACCCAGAAAUAGUACCUCGGGUUAAGAACUUUGCUUCAGGAUGAGAAUAGAAAUCGUGCGGCGGCAGCGGGAGGCCCCCUUAGCUAAAGCGGUGCUUCAGGUUAAGAACAGUUUCAGGUUAAGAACGGACCUCCAGAACGAAUUAAGUACUUAACCCUAGGUACCACUGUACAGUGGUUCCUCAGGUUACGAACGCUUCAGGUUACAAACUCUGCUAACCUGGAAGAGUUAUCUCGAGUUGAGAAUUUUGCCCCAGGAGGGGAACGGAAAUCGUGUGCCAGCGGCAGCAAGAGGCCCCAUUAGCGAAAGCACGCCUCUAGUUAAGAACGGACCUCCGGAACGAAUUAAGUUCAUAACUAGAGGUACCACUGUGUAUCUGAGAAGUAUAUAUUUUUAAAAAAAUUUAAAAAAGAAAGCUGCCUUUAAGCUCUCUUUGCCUUGCUCCCCUUUAGUUUUCCUGCGCUUUUAAUUUUUAAAUUUUUUUUAUUAAAGAUUUUCUUGUUUUACAGAAGUAUAUGUAAUGUCUCUCGUAUUUUUUCCAUGUAACAUUUUUACAAAUCAGUUUCAUUUAUUGAGACAUUAGGAAGAAAAGGGGUGGAGGGGGGGGAUAUGGGUGGGGGUGGGGUGGCGAUGUUUCUCUUUUGCUUAAUGUAUGUAGGGUUUGGUGUCAGCGUUGUUCUCGCAGGUUCUCUGCUGUUCACUUGUGUUUCUUUGGUGGUGAGAGAGGUUGGGGUUGGCCUAGGGUGUGGCUGUUCAUUUGUGGUUGGCUGUGGUGGUCUUUGUUUUCAUGUGUGAGUGGGGUGGGUGGGUGUUUUGGAUCAGGUUAGCCAUAUUGAUUUGUAUGCUGUUGGUGGAUGAUUGUCAUUGUCUUGUUGGGCUGUGUAUGUGAUAAAGGGGAGCCAUACUUGGGUGAAGGCGUCUUCUUGUAUUUGUCCCCGUGUCAGUUCCAGUUUACAGUGGUGCCCCGCAAGACGAACGCCUGCAAGACGAAAACCCGCUAGACGAAAGGGUUUUCCGUUUUGGAGGCGCUUCAUGACGAAUUUCCUAUGGGCUUGCUUCGCAAGACGAAAGCCCAUAGGGAAAUCUCCGGUCCGCGAGGCCUGGGCGCGCUGAUCUCAGCGCGCGCAGGCUUCGGCAUGCCGGCAACUCUCCGCGAGCAGCGGCAGCGCUGCCGCUGCUCGCGGAGAGGUCCGCGGAGCCUGGGCGCGCUGAUCUCAGCGCGCGCAGGCUUCGGCAUGCCGGCAACUCUCCGCGAGCAGCGGCAGCGCUGCCGCUGCUCGCGGAGAGGUCCGCUGAGCCUGCGCGCGCUGAGAUCAGCGCGCGCAGGCUUCGGCAUGCCGGCAACUCUCCGCGAGCAGCGGCAGCGCUGCCGCUGCUCGCGGAGAGGUCCGCGAAGCCUGCGCGCGCUGAGAUCAGCGUUCUCGCAGGUUCUCUGCUGUUCACUUGUGUUUCUUUGGUGGUGAGAGAGGUUGGGGUUGGCCUAGGGUGUGGCUGUUCAUUUGUGGCUGGCUGCGGUGGUCUUUGUUUUCAUGUGUGAGUGGGGUGGGUGGGUGUUUUGGAUCAGGUUAGCCAUAUUGAUUUGUAUGCUGUUGGUGGAUGAUUGUCAUUGUCUUGUUGGGCUGUGUAUGUGAUAAAGGGGAGCCAUACCGGGGUGAAGGCGUCUUCUUGUAUUUGUCCCCGUGUCAGUUCCAGUUUACAGUGGUGCCCCGCAAGACGAACGCCUCGCAAGACGAAAAACCCGCUAGACGAAAGGGUUUUCCGUUUUGGAGGCGCUUCGCAAAACGAAUUUCCCUAUGGGCUUGCUUCGCAAGACGAAAGCCCAUAGGAAAUCUCCGGUCCGCGAGGCCUGGGCGCGCUGAUCUCAGCGCGCGCAGGCUUCGGCAUGCCGGCAACUCUCCGCGAGCAGCGGCAGCGCUGCCGCUGCUCGCGGAGAGGUCCGCGGAGCCUGGGCGCGCUGAUCUCAGCGCGCGCAGGCUUCGGCAUGCCGGCAACUCUCCGCGAGCAGCGGCAGCGCUGCCGCUGCUCGCGGAGAGGUCCGCGAGGCCUGGGCGCGCUGAUCUCAGCGCGCGCAGGCUUCGGCAUGCCGGCAACUCUCCGCGAGCAGCGGCAGCGCUGCCGCUGCUCGCGGAGAGGUCCGCGAGCCUGGGCGCGCUGAUCUCAGCGCGCGCAGGCUCGGCAUGCCGGCAACUCUCCGCGAGCAGCGGCAGCGCUGCCGCUGCUCGCGGAGAGGUCCGCGGAGCCUGGGCGCGCUGAUCUCAGCGCGCGCAGGCUUCGGCAUGCCGGCAACUCUCCGCGAGCAGCGGCAGCGCUGCCGCUGCUCGCGGAGAGGUCCGCGAGCCUGGGCGCGCUGAUCUCAGCGCGCGCAGGCUUCGGCAUGCCGGCAACUCUCCGCGAGCAGCGGCAGCGCUGCCGCUGCUCGCGGAGAGGUCCGCGGAGCCUGGGCGCGCUGAUCUCAGCGCGCGCAGGCUUCGGCAUGCCGGCAACUCUCCGCGAGCAGCGGCAGCGCUGCCGCUGCUCGCGGAGAGGUCCGCGAAGCCUGGGCGCGCUGAUCUCAGCGCGCGCAGGCUUCGGCAUGCCGGCAACUCUCCGCAAGCAGCGGCAGUGCUGCCGCUGCUUGCGGAGAGGUCCGCGGCCUUGGCUGGACAGCUUUUGAAGGCAGGUGGGGGACAAAGACUUCGCCCCGCCAACCUUCAGAAGAGGUCCAGGACCUCUUCUGAAGGCUGGCGGGGGCAAAGUCUUGUCCCCCUGCCUGCCUUCCCAGGGGCUUUAAUUGCCCCGGACAGCGGAGAAGUCCUCCGCUGUCCCGGGGCAAUUUUAAAUGCCGCCCGCCAGCAUUUUAAGAUCGCUCCGGACAGCGGAGAAGCUCUCCGCUGUCCCGGGUUUUAAAAUGCUGGGGGUGGGAAGAAAGCCCUUGUCCCCCCCAGCCUUCAGAAGAGGUCGGGGACAGACUGUCCCCGGACCUGGUCUGAAGUCGGCUUCCUAGGAACGCAUUAAUUGAUUUUCAAUGCAUUCCUAUGGGAAACCGUGCAUCGCAAGACGAAAAACUCGCAAGAAGAAAAAACUUGCGGAACGAAUUAAUUUCGUCUUGCGAGGCACCACUGUAUUGGUUAAUUUUUCUAGUAGGGCUGUUUCCCAUACUAUUUAGUACCAUUGGUCCAUGCUUACUCCUGACAGGUCUCUCCAGUGCCUGGUUAUGGUGUUUCUGGCUGCUGAAAGUAGGUGGGUUAUGAGUUCUUUAUGGUGUAAAUGGGCGUUGUUGUCUUAGAAGAUGUUUAGUAAGGCUAAUUCUGGGGUGAUGUCUAAUACUUGCUUAGUUAUUUUACAUAUUUCUCGUAUAGCUGUUAAUGCACAGUUUUCCCUCCUCCUCUUCCAGACGAUCCCUCAGUUUUCCGUGGCCUGCCAUUCCACCUCCAACGUGGUCGUGGAGCCCAGCGGCCUCCUUGAGCUCAACAACUUCACCAGCCAGCGCCUCGACGAGGAGGAGACCGCGAUGGAGCAGGACCUCGACAGUGGCAACGAGGACGGGACCGAGCCCAGCCCAAUGCGGAGCUCCGAACACUCGUAGCGUGCCUGUGAUGCCGGCGUGCACUUUAAAAGGAUGAUGGUCCCUGGAAGGCGAAGCAAAGACUCGGCUGCUGGUGUCGAAGACUCCCUUGUAGUAUUCUCCAGAAGCACUUUUUUGGGGGGGUCGCCAAGCAUCGGGGUGCUGGCGGAGAACAGCAGUGGUCGCGAAGCGAUUUCGGAGGCAGAUUGUGUUGCCGCGCCGGUUUAGCCGUACAACAGUGGGAAUGUAUUUUUUUUUUUUCAAGCAAAGAAGACAAACACACGGCGGUUUUUAUUUCUUAAAGGUGUCACCGAAGUUUUUGUUUGCUACGACGUUCUGGACCGGCUGCUAAAAACGUUCUUAGUUGAAAACAGCAGCAGCGCUCUCCGUUUGUAGUUGAAUGAAACUCCCAUCACAAGAUGUUUGUGAUUUUACUUUAUUUUUUUAAAACGUAGCAUGCCUAGGUCCUUUGGUGCUGGGAAAGCACUUAAGAAACUUUGUCUGGUGUGUGUUGUGGCUUCCCUGCACUGAUGUGCCAUUUUAUUUUCAAGUAAGCUUAAGAAGAUUGUCCGCUUCUAAACACAAAGCAGUAUUGUCCAGGAACACUCAGGAUCACAGGGAAAACACGCUGCGAGGAGAUCCUCUUACUGGAUCAGACACCAAGAAAUCACAUUUCUUCCGGGCAUAGAUGAAAUCGUCCCACAUUCAAAGUUAUUUUUAUUUAUUCAAAAUAGGAAAACCUGAAGAGAGAAUUCCAGCUUCACGCUCCUUGGUCCUGUUAAACAGGCCCAGCAACCUCAAUACUUUCUUUCUUUCUUUUUUGUAAAGCGAAACGGUUUGAUCUUUAAGCUGCAGGGUGGGAGAAAUACGUCUCAAAAACAGAACAAAGGGCAUUGAUAAUCCGAGAGAGGAACUGUGUUGUGGGUUGUGACAUUCAGACAUUUCUUUUGUUCUUAUGUGCUUUUUUUUCUUUUUUAAAAAAGGAAAUUUAAUUAUGACUGUUAAGAGACUUUACAAAGAAAGAAAAAACACCUUAAAAUUACUGACCUUCUGUUGUUUCCGAGAUGAUCCUUUUCCAAGCCUUACCAUUUUUGUUUGCACAACGAAUAAUAACAAUUUUUUUAAAGGUGUGUGUGUUGCGUCGACUGAAUCAACCGUAGUAAAAAGUAAGAAACGGUCUGUACAACUUAGUAAUGAAGACGUUGCUUUUUUAAAAAAAAAGAAAAAGAAAAGAAAGAACUGUAUAUAGGAACUGGUUUUUUAACGUGGUUUUUUUUUUUUGUAUAGAUUUCAUUAUAAAUAAGCAUUUUUGAUGUAUCCUGUAUAUACAUAUCAGUUGAACUGCCCUGGGUUUUUUUUGGUGCUGAAAUACUACUCCAAGUAGAUAUCCUCUGAAGGCUCUAAUACAACUUGUGUCAAAUAUUUUCUAAAUGGUGAUUUUAGUGUUUUGUAAUUAAAUGGCCGCUUGAGAGAACACUCCGGGAAGUGAAGUAUGAUAACCGAAAACGCUCUGUUGUCCAUUUAAGCAUCUUGUAUCUGUGUGUGUUGCUUGGCUCUCCCCUCCAGGUGGCACUGUUGACCAUUCCUUAUUAACAUCUCUAUAAAAAGUCAACCACGCUCUCCC